CACUCCCAGAGGUAAGGAGGUGGGGGGGGGGAGUGAAUAAAAAAAAAAAGUGUUAAUGUGAGUGAGUGAGUGUGUGUCUGUUAAUGUGUGUGUGUUUUGUUAGUGUGUGUGUGUGUCUGACUGUGUGAGUGUGUGUCUUCUAGUGAGUGAGUGUGUGUCUGUUAGUGUGUGUCUGACUGUCAGUGAGUGUGUGUUUGCCUGUGAGUGUGUGUGUGUGUGUGUGUCUGUUAGUGUGUGUCUGUUAAUUUGUGUGUGUUUGUUAGUGUGUGUGUGAGUUUGUGUGUGUGUGUGUCUGCUAGUGAGUGUUAGUGUGUAUGUGUGUGUCUGACUGUAUGUGUGUCUGCCAGUGAGUGUGUGUGUCAGUGAGUGUGUCAUUUAAUGUGUGUUUGUUAGUGUGUGAGAGUUUGUGUGUGUGUCUGCUAGUGAGUGUGUGUCUGUUAGUGUGUGUGUCUGACUGUUUGUCUGUUAGUGUGUGUGGGUCUGACUGUGUGUCAGUGAGUGUGUGUGUGUGUCUGACUGUGUGUGUGUGUCAGUGAGUGUGUGUCAGUGAGUGUGUGUGUGUUUCUGUUAGCGAGUGUAUGCGGAUCUGUCAGUGAAUGUGAGUGUGUGUGCUAGUGAGUGUGUGUCUGUUAGUGUGUGUGUGUGUCUGACUGUGUGUCAGUGAGUGUGUGUCUGACUGUGUGUGUCUGUUAGUGUGAGUUUGUGUGUCAGUGAGUGUGUGUCUGUUAGUGUGUGUGUGUGUUUCUGUUAGCGAGUGUAUGCGGAUCUGUCAGUGAAUAUGUGUGUGUGUGUGUAUUUAGAAGGCGCGGUGGGGAGGGGGGGGUGCCUGAGUUUUGUCCUGCCUAGGGCAGCACAAAACCAGGAUACACCACUGACUGGACCCCAGGGAAUGAUUCAUCAUCCACACCAGCUCUCCAGGUAGGGAGGCUGGGUGGAAAAUGUUUAUUUAUUAAAAUAAUUAGUGAGUGUGUGUCUGUGAGUGACUGUCUGUGAUUGUGUGUGUGUCUGUGUGUGAGUGUAUGUGUGCCGGAGUGUCUGUGUGCCUGUGAGUGACUGAGUGUGUGCAUGAGUAUGUGUGUCUGUGAGUGAGUGUGUCUGUGAGUGCUUGUAUGAGUACUGCAUGUGAGUGUAUGAGUGUGGCAGUGUAUGUGUGUCUGUCAGUGUGUGUUUGUGAGUGUCUGUCAAAUCAGUGAGAAUAUCUUUGUCAUUGAGUCUGUGUGUGAGUAUCAGUGUGCCUGUCAAUGAAUGAGUGUGUGUCAGAUCAGUGAGUCUGUGUGUUUGUCAUUGAAUGUGUGUGACUGUCAGUGUGUAUACACCACUGAGUGUAGCGUGGUGGAACGCAGUACAGGAGUUUCUGUUUCCUGUACCCGGCCAGACUGACCGGAGGUGCUCACUGAGAGAGCACUCCCUGUCAGUCCGGCCAGGUACAGAAAAUUGAAGCUCCUGUAGGGGAUAUCCUCCACUCGGCAACACUACAAGAGAGGUAGGAGGCACACCAGGAAGGGGAGUGCGACCACUAAGGGGGUGGAGGGUGCACCAAGGGACAGGGAGGGGAGGGGAGAGAAACACCAAGGGACAAGAAAAAGAGGGGAGAGCUUAGAAGAACACUAAGGGACAGGGAAGGGAGGGGACCACUAAUGGACGGGGAGAGGGGCUGGUUAAGAGGCACAUAGGUGAAGAUGUUAUUUGGGGGGGGGGCGGAAAGAUACAUCUUCGCCUAUGUACCCAAAAAUCCUUGCACCGGCCCUGCCUGUAUUUGUUCUGCGAAGCGCAAGCAAAUGUAAUAACAUGCUUGCGCUGUGUUUGCUUUUAAAUUGUCUCUGGUGUCUCCACAAGUGGGAUACCAGAGGACAAAAGGGCCAGGAAAGUGUUUGGCGCAUGCUUGUGGGAUUGCCUGUGUGUAGAGUGUGGUGUGGUAUUGUGUAAAUAGGUCAAUUUCGUGGUGUAAUAUGUGUGGCUAGGGGCUGUAGAGAGUGCGUGUAUAGGGGCAUAGUGUUAUAGGGGAUGUAGCGAGUAUGUGCAUACGGGCAGUAGUGUGUGUGUAUAGGUGACGUAGUGUGUGUCACUUAUACACACACACUACUGUGUGUAGAGAGGGUGUGUUUAGAUAAUGUUGUAUGUGUUUGCUUACAAGGAAUGUAGUGUGUGUGUAGGUGGUGCAGUGUGUGUGUAAGAGAUCUAGUGUGUAAAGGACCCAGAGUGUGUAUAGAAGAUUGUGUGUGUGUGUAUGUGUGUAGAGGAUUAAGAGUGCAUAUAGGGUAAGGGAUCUAGCAUGUAUCUGGAGCGUAAUGUGUGUAGUGGUGCAGUGUGAGGGGUGCAGUGUGAGGGGUGCUGUAGUGUGUGUGUGUGUGUGUGUGUGUGUAUAUAUAUAUAUAUAUAUAUAUAUAUAUAAAAGAUAAGUAGCUUGGCACUCUCCUUCCUUGGAAUUCCUUAUAUCCGCCUGGGUGCAAAUGGUAUGCGUAUAUAUAUAAUCUCAAAAAAACAGGAUGCUUGGCACUCUCCUUUAAGUAAUAAGAAAGAACUAAUAGCCUGGGUGCUAUAUCCCAAACGUCAGAAAUAUACAAAAAUCAAAACUGAGGAUGCACUCACAGGACUUGGUUAAAGUGAAAAAAGGGACUUUUAAUUAAAGUCCAUGUGAAUGGAAAAUUGAUUUUUCUGUACAUUUCACAUGGAAUAAUUAAAAGUCCCUUUUUUUCACUUUAACCAAGUCCUGUGAGUGCAUCCUCAGUUUUGAUUUUUGUAUGUAUAUAUAUAUAUAUAUAUAUAUAUAUAUAUAAAAAUUAUAUUUGGACGUAUUGUAUGUGUGAGGUGCGCAGCGUGUUUGUGUAAGAGGGGUGCUGUGUGUGAGGGUGUUUUUAUCUGCCGUCACAUUCUGGGUUUCUAAUUUUAUUUGUCUGUUAACUCACUGAGGGUUUUUUUAUAUAAUAUAUGUGCUGUAUAUGUGUGGGAGUGAGGGUGCUGUCUGUCUGAGGGUGUUGUGUGUGUCUGGGGGCGCUGUGUGUGUCUGGGGGCGCGCUGUGUGUGUCUGUGGGGUGCUGUGUGGGUGUGUGUGUGUGGGGGGCUGUGUGUGUCUGGGGUGCUGUGUCUGGGUGCUGUGUGGCGCUGUGUGUGUGGGGGCUGUGUGUGGGGUGCUGUGUGUGUCUGGGUGCUGUGUGUGUCUGUGUGGGGGGCUGUGUGUGUCUGGGGGGGCUGUUAGGGAAAUUAUUUUAAAUAUAUAUUUUUUAUUUUAUUAAUAAUUAUAAUAUUAUUAUAAUUAAUAAUUAUUAAUAAUUUAAAAAAAAGUUAUGUUCCCCCCCCCCUUCUUACCUUUAGCCUGGGAGGGGGAGGGAGCCGUUCUGCCUGGGAGGGGGAGCCUUGCUGCCUUCCCUGGUGGUCCAGUGGCGGUAACCGCGGCAACGCUCAGAAUCCCGCUAGAGGACCCAGCGGAGCUGCUGGUUAGAGCUCUGCCGGGUCCUCUCUCCCUCCCUCCCUCACCCAGCCGGCGGCCGCAUGUAACAGUGCCUGUGGGCCGGUGAGGGAGAUCUGUGAUCUCCCCACCGGCCCAUGGAGGCACACAGCAGGGCUGGCGCUCGGAUAGCGCUGGCCCUGCAGGGGCCGGCCGGGGAGAUCCUGUGAUCUCCCCUGACGGCCUCGGCCCCACGGCCAUCACGGCCCACCGGGCAUUUGCCCGGUGUGCCCGAUGGCCAGUCCGGGCCUGGUUAUAGCCUAUAUAGGAUAUUUCUGAUUUGUCUGAUUGAAAUGCUUUAAAUGCCUUUUCUUAUAGUUAAUUUUUUGGCUUACCUUCCUACUAAGUCACUAAGUGAAAAGUGUACAUUUCUAAUAUUUGUUUGAAGAUAUUUCAUUUAUCCUCAGUCUUUUUUUCACUAGAGAGUUUAUGCCAGUCAAUGAGUUGUAAAGCUGACAUAAUUUUAUUGAAACUGGCUUUUUUAAUAUGAUGUUUGUAGUAUACCCCAUGUGCUUUUGGGGUUCAUUUCAAAAUACACCAUAUUGAGAUCACUAUUUCCCAAGUGCUCCCAUACUUGAAAGUUGGUCAAAAGAUCAGCAUUGUUUGUUAGACCAUGACUGCUCGCUACAAUAACCCAUUCCCCUCCAGUCCCCACAACUUUUCCGUUGUAGAUAGGGCAGCAUUCACAGCUUUAUUAACUUUACAAACCAGCAAUAACAUUAACCUUCAGCUGCUGGGGUGAAUUACCAACAUACAGAUAUACUAAACCUGCCAAGAGCCCGAACAGCCUGCAACUCCCAACUCCAGAUCAGGUAAUUGAGCUAAUCUUCUCCUUGUGAUUCUCCUUGUGCACCGCAGUUGCAAAAAACCAAACACCAAACCCACCCCAAAAAAACAUUCCUUGGUACCAUACAUUCCAAUUAAUUUUAGGGAGGGAACGACAGAGGUAAGUCAAGUAAACUGUGCCAGUGCUGUAUCUACCGCGAGGCUGACAAGGCAUUUGCCUUGGGCGGCACUUUCAGGGGGGAGGCAAAAAAAACCCACCCCCAAACGCCCUGGCAAAUGCCUUGCAAGCCUCUUGUCCUAGGGGGCACACAAACUGGCCGGCUGGCCACCUCAUGGCCCCUCUAAGGCUGGCAUGCACUGAUGUAGGAGGUGGGCGGCGAGGGAGCACUUUCCCCUGAGCUCUCCCCUGCUCAGCUCCCUUGUGCGCACUGCAGUGAUGCCGUAGCCUGGAUAUGAUGUCACUACAGCCCCGUCAUCACUAAGAGGCGCGCAAGGGAGCUGAGCAGGAAGAUUAGAGCUCCCUCGCUGCCUCCAAUACGAGCCUGUCUGCCCACCCGACCGCCCGCGUGCCUGCCAGCCCAGCCAGCCACGAUCAGUUUCGCACCGGGGCCCCAUGGAUUGUGUAUACGUUACUGAAUAGUUUAUUAGUGAUUUAGGAAACUGUCCUGUUCUAAAUGUUUUUGUCACUCUCUGAGAUGUCUAGGAACAUCAGGUGACAUUGUGCGCAGUGAUGUAAAGCAUAUAUAAUUAAUUAUGCCAAUUAGAAUAGCCUAUUUAUUUUUAUUUUUCAAAAAAGGUGGCAACCCUAACUAUAGCAGCAACAAUGGUAAAAAGUAACCAAAGGUGAUUUAAAAAGUUUCCAUGAUUUAUUAAUGCAUAUACUGUACUGUCCCAGUAAUCUAAUGCUUGGUAUUAACACAUUGCCAUGUGUUUUUCUGUCAUAACACUGCAAGCACAGUAAGAAGGAAGUUUGAAAGUUCUUGCAGUGGGAGGGAGGGUCCUUAGGUGACAUACCCGGAAUGAGUAGUUUAAGUUACAGUGUAUCUACAGGAAGUGUGUUCUCAGACUGAAGGAGAGCUCUGUAAUAGGAGCUCAAUACAUGAACUUUUUUUUAAUAACCUGACGUUUUAGACAGAACUGGGGACAUUCACAGGUAAGACAAGUUAACUCUUUUAUUCACUAGAUAUAUAGUAAGUAAACGCCUUAUGUGUGUUUGUGAGGGUCUCUUUUACUAUCGCUUUUCUGAUCCCACUUCCUGAUCCAUACCCUGCAGUUAUAGCACUGAUACAGCUGGGUACAUUAUAUACAGGAAACUGUGCUCCAGACCUGUAUGGCAAAAUUGGACUUUACAGGUGGUCAAUGUAAAGGUAAAAUGUAUCUUUUGUAACUUAAAGUCACUUUGAUAUACUAAUACUGAUUAUUGAUUACAUUAUUCCUAUCAGUUUUGCUUCUGAGCAAGGGAGAUAUUUAAUGCUUGUCUUUUGUUAAUAUUGUUUGUCCAAUUCAGAAGUAUCACUACGUAAGGCAAUAGGGUGGAAUCUGGAUUAUUGGACAAAGAGAGUUACUGCUACAAAUGUGCCAACAUGUCCCUCCAAAUGAUUUUAAAGGACAACAAAUGAUGCCCAGCCCUGUUUUUCUCCCUCAUCCCCCACUCAAGUGUGUUUAGGUAGAGAUAUAAAUAGCCAAUAUAUAAAAUGGUGCACAAUAAAAUAUAGAUUUAAAAUGUGCUUUCAAAUUGUGAUGAUAAUUUCCACUUUAAAAACUCUAAUAAAGUUGUGAAUAUAUAUAUAUAUAUAUAUAUAUAUAUAUAUAUAUAUAUAUAUAUAUAUAUAUAUAUAUUGAAUGCAAAUUAAAACAAUUAGCCAUGUUGAACUAUUUCACAUGUUGACAUGUUGUGGUGUAUGGUUAUCACUAUUUUCACAUCAUUGUUUGAUUUUUUUUUUACUUUGUUAGCAUGAUAUGUACUUUGUCAGCACUUUAUAAGACUUUUUUUAAAGUAGAAAUUAUCUUCACUAUUUGAAAACACAGAAUCUGAAUUUAAUCGUGCACCAUUUUGUAUAUGGUUUGUUGCUGUGAAUUUCUAUUCAAGGGUUUUGAUUUGGAUGCUGCAUAUAUACUGUGACAUUUUACUAAAUUGUACACUUUUAGAACCGCUUGCACAUUGAAUUGCACUGCUCCACUUUACUGUUUGUUUUUCUAGAUAUAUAGAUAGAUAUGAUUGGCAAAACAAAUACAUUUAUAGUUUUGUUUAGUUUCUUUGGAUUCGUGUUUACUCUGAACAAAUUACCAAACAAGCGGUCUUCACAUUAGAUUAAGUUAGGUUUUAGGUAUAUGCUGUUUACUUUAAAUUUGUGCGGGGCAAAUCAUAUUGUUACUUGCAAUAAGUAAAUAAGAAAUUGGCUCCAGACUAAAUUUUUAGAUACCCAGUAUAUAUGGAUGACAUGAACACAGUAUGUAACCACAUUUAUCAACAGUAUCAAAUAAAUAUUUCCUUGAUCCUAUUCCCUCAUAUCUUAUCCGCACUUUGUCUCCCUCUCUUGCUCUUCGUCUCACUAAAAUUUUCAACUUCUGGCACUUGUCCCUUACCCUUCAAACAUGCAACUGUAACCCCAAUUCUGAAAAAGCCCAGCCUUGACCCCGACUCCCCAUCCAACUACAGUCCUAUCUCGCUACUGCCAUUUGCCUCCAGAUCCUCGAGAGAGUUGUGUACACCAGACUGACUGACUUUCUCGAAUCCAACUCUCUGCUUGACCCCCUUCAGUCUGGAUUCCACGCUGGGCAUUCUGUCAAAACGGCUGUGACUAAAGUAUCCAGCGAUUUAAUUCCUGCUAAAUCUCACGGCCAUUACUCUAUCCUAAUUCUCCUUGAUCUUUCUGCUGCCUUUGACACUGUUGAUCAUCAACAGCUUCUCCGCAUUCUCCAAAAUUUUGGUCUAUGGGAUACUGCUCUCUCCUGGUGCUCCUCCUACCUCUCCCAGCGCUCUUUCAGUGUUUCUUUCUCUGUCUCUGACUCUUCCCCCCAACCACUCUCUGUCGGCGUCCCCAAGGUUCUGUCCUUGGUCCUCUACUGUUCUCUAUAUAUACCACCUCCCUUGUUAAACUCAUCAGCACCUUUGGCUUCCGUUAUCAUUUCUAUGCAGAUGAUACGCAAAUUUACCUCUCCUAUCCUGAUCUCUCUCCGCCCAUCUUGACUUGUGUCUCUGACUGCCUCUCUGUGAUUUCCAACUGGAUGGCUGCUCAUUUCCUUAAACUCAACCUGUUCAAAACAGAACUUCUGGUCUUUCCUCCCUCAAGUGUUACCACUCCCGUGUCUGUCUCCCUCCAAGUCAACGGCGCUACCUUUACCUCUACCUUGCAGGCUCACUGCCUGGGUGUUCUUUUUGACUACAACCUCUCCUUCACCCCUCAUGUCCAAUCAAUUGCCAAAUCGUGUCGCUUCCAUCUCAAAAACAUAGUGCGCAUCUGCCCCUAUUUAGCGCCAGAUGCGGCUAAGGUGCUGGUCCAUGCUGUUGUUCUCUCUCACUUUGACUACUGCAAUCUCCCUCUCAGUGGUCUUACGUGUUCCCAUAUCUAUAAUGAAUGCGGAUGUGAGGCUUAUUUUCCUGUCUGCUCACACCUCCCACGCCUCCCCACUCUGUCAGUCCCUGCAUUGGCUUCCAGUUAGAUAAAGGGCUCAAUUUAAAAUUCUGGUGCUUGCUUACAAGUCCCUACAUAAUGCUGCUCCAACCUACCUAUCCUCCCUAAUACACAAGUAUGUCCCAUCUAGGCGCCUACGCUCUGCCAAAGACCUACGUAUAUCCUCUGUCCGUACUUCCACCUCUAAUGCUCUCCUCCAAGAUUUCUCCAGGGCUGCACCUCCUCUGUGGAACUCCCUUCCCUUCUCCGUAAGACUUUUACCCAGUCUCCAUUUAUUCAAAAAAUCAUUGAACACUCACUUCUUCAAGAAAGCAUAUCAAUUAAACUGUUAGCAGGUUUUUAACCCCCACCGCCUAUGACUCCUCUAAUGCAACUGUCAAAAUUACCUACUAACUCAGUGAAUACUUUUCUAACAACCUACUUCGUACCCCUACUUUUACCCUUUGUGUCACUAUACCCCACUACCUCUAGAAUGUAAGCUCAUUGAGCAGUGCCCUUCACCUCUCUGUUCCUCUACGUCCAGUUGUCUGGUUACAAUUACAUGUCUGUUAGGCCACCCAUUGUACAGAGCUUUGGAAUCUGAUGGCGCUAUAUAAAUAAUAAUAAAAUAGUAAUUAUAUAUAUAUAUAUAUAUACACAAUACACAAGAUCCAGCGCACUCACUUAUCCACUAAACAGCAGCUUCAAAGCUCACAGAUUUUUAUUUUUUAUUUUUUUUUAAACACCUAAUUUAGGCAAAAUAAUGGGGGGUUUAGUUACAACGUCCAUGUACCUCAUCUUUGGCAGGACCUACUCUCACAGGCUAAUGUCUGCUCUAAUGAGAUGAACCCACUUACUUGGGGAAAAAAUUCCAUCUGGGGCUCUCUGCAGUACAGUAUCAAUAAUAAUAUAAAAAACCAUUAGACAUGGCAAGUGUGAAACUUGCAUGAAAAAUCACUAGUAACGCACAGCUGUUUGUGCAUGUUUACACUGCCAUUGUAUAGCACUUGAAACAGACUAACAUUUUCUAUCACACAUUACAGCAGGUUUUUAGUUUUUGUUAAUCACAUUGAAUAAAACUUUUCUAAAUAGUUUUAUGAAUUCUAAAAUAGAGAUGAUGAAAUUAGAGAGUGCAUAAUUGCAGCUCUCAGCCAAUCAGAUGCUUCUCAUAGAGCACUGAAUCCAGUGUUUUUAUUUGAGGAGCAUUAACAGCUUUUGACUACACCAAAUGUGAAUAUUUUAAAAAAUUGUAAGUCUUCAAUGGGGUGGUGCCUCUACUGGCUUUCAGCCUGACAGCCACUAAGGACGUGAUUAUGGCCAAAUGUAAAUAUUGCUCUCUUAAACGUCAAUGUUUUAUAUUGCCAGAAAAAGGGACAACAUUUAUGCACUAAAACCACUUCUUUAAGAAUUGAGUGUUUUGGGUGCUUAAAGUGUCCUUUUAACUGCAAAAAAAUAAAAAUUCUGACUGGGCAUUUUUGUUUUGUUUUUUUAACUCACAGAAUGUAGAAAACAUAAUAUAAGUGACUGAUGUAUAUCAAGACUCUUGGCAUGUUAAUAGGCAUUUGUAUUUACUCCUAUAACUAACAUUAUUUCACAUUACUUUCAAAUUUCAGGUUUAACCUGUGUCCAUUAUAAUUUUAAACAUGGAGUUUAUAGACUUACUAUACGAAUUGGAUUCCAAUUUGGACACAACAGAUGUGGAGGCUAUGAAAUAUCUCUGCACUGGCCUUCUGCCUGCCAAGAAAUUGGCUAUUAUGACUUCAGGUCAAGAACUCUUUGAGGCACUGAUGAACAUUGAUCUCCUAAAUGAAGGUGAUCCAUUUCUACUGGCUGAACUGCUGUACCUUAUUGGACAUCAUAGUCUCCUCAAAAAAUUGAACACUACCAAAGAACAUGUGAAAGAUAUACUCCAAAGAGGCGGGAAGAUCACUGCUUAUAGGUAUUUUCUUACUAAACUAUCUAAUGAGUUAUAGCACCAUCCAGCGUCAGUAAUCAAUAAGGUCUUCUGACUUUCAGCUGGAAUUUUCAAAACACAAAAUAACAAUCCAAAAUUCAUGGACCAUUUUGUUGCCAGUAAAGCUGCAGAAGUCAGAAAACUUUAUAAACUUAAAAAACAGGCCUCACCUUGAGAUUUACUCAAUAACUUUGCUGUUGGUAAGGUGGUAUCACAAGAUUAAGAACAACAAAAAUAAAUUCACCUUUGCAGGCUUUUUGUUUACAGGUUGACAGGACCUCUAACAGUCCCAUGUUCGGCGGGAAGUCAUUUCAACAGGCCCCACUGGCGUACAUACUGUGGUCGCAGGGGUCACAGCCCUGCAAACUGGGUAUGUACGCCAGUGCGGCCACAUAUUGCCAGCCUCUUCUCCUCGGGGGCCCAGGAUCUGGCCACCUCAGGGCCCCCCGAGGUUGGCAGUGGUGUCAAUUGGCGGUCGGGCGGGUGCGCAAGGGAGCAAUCUCCCCUGAGCUCUCUCUGCCAGCUCCCUCGCGCACACUGCAGUGAUGCCGGAGCCGGAAUAUGAUGUCACUCCGGCUCCGGCAUCAGUAAGCGGUGCGCAAGGGAGCUGAACAGGAGGAUCAGUUCUCCCUCGCCGCCUGCAGAACCAGCUGCCCAGCAGCCCCACUGGACCCCAGGGAAAGCUGGAAUCCCCUCAGCACUCCCAAAGGUAGGGACACUGGGGGAUUAAGUUUAAAAAAAAUGUGAGUGGAUAUGUGUGUUAGUGUGUGUGUGUUACUGUGUGUGUCUGUUAUUGAGUGUGUUAGUUUGUGUGUGUCUGUUAGUGUGUAUCUGUUACUGAGUGUGUUAGUUUGUGUGUGUCUGUUAGUGUGUGUCUGUUAUUGAGUGUGUGUCUGCUAGUGAGUGUCAGUGAGUUAGUUUUUGUGUGUCAGUGUGUGUGUGUGUGUGUGUGUAUGUUACUGAGUGUGUUAGUUGUAUGUUUGUGUGUGUGUUAUUGAGUGUGUGUGUGUGUCAGUGAGUGUGUGUGUGCGUCAGUGAGUGUGUUACUGUGUGUCUGUUAGUGUGUGUCUGUUAGUGAGUCUGUUUGGUGUCUGUUAGUGAGUGUGUGUUUGUGAGUGAGAGUGUAUGUUUUGUAAGUGAGUGUGUAUGUGUGUCUGUCUGCCAGUGAAUGUGUAUGUAUGUCUGUCAUUGAGCUGAAGUGAUCUGAGUGCCUAUAGUGGUCCUUUAAGUGUAUGUUUGGAUGCAUGCACUGACGUGUAUAUACCGCGGUCGCAGGGGUCACAGCCACGGAUUUUUGCGCCUGGGCCCCAUGGAUCGUGUGUACGCCACUGCCAGGUUCUCUAUUAGCACAGUGCAAAUGCAUCAUUACAUAAUUCCAGAGCUGUGGAAUAUGUUGGCGCUUUAUAAAUGGCAGUAAUAAUAAUUACACAUGCUCGCGCUGUGCAGAGGGCAUUUGGACCAUGCAGAGAAUGCUUCAGAAGCAGUUCUUCAACGAGGGAGCUUGCCAGGUGACUGUCAGCCAUUUUCCAGGCGGGCCCAAUCAUUGUAUGUGUGAUAAGUGAUGCAAGUUGCCUCACUGUCGAAGUCCACUAGAAGGCACGCCCACCAGUCCCGAUUACAUAAUAAGGUAUGAGUUCACGUUUUGGACAGCAAGUGCAUUGAUGGUGCUAAUAGUUGACAAGGUUGCCAUUAAAGGAUUACUUUAACCAGGUUAUGGUUAGGUCUCUAGCAGAACAAAUCGGCAGCCUCCCCACCCUGCCACACCAACUGAUGCCCCAGCCCCCCACUCGUCCACUUCACCAAGCCACCUCUACUUCGCACAGUCAUUUCAUCCAGAUCUAGUUUCAAAUAUAGUGUUUAAGUGCCAGGGGUCUCCCCUCCUCCUAUUUGUCGGCGAGCGGCGUCUCCUCUCCGCCGCUUGCCGCUCGCGUCCUCCAUGCCUCCCAGCGGCAGCAUGUAUAACGCUGCACGCUGGGAGGUCGCAAAUUUAUGCAAACGCCGGGGUCACUCACGUGACCCGGCAUUAAAGCAACAGUACCACAAUCACAGUGGGAGGCGUGGAUAUCUCCCACGUGUGAUUGUUAAUUCUGAUUGGAAGUUAUCCAAUCAGAAUUAAGCAAAGGGUAUUUAUAUUUACCUUUCCUGUCUCUCAGUGCCCUGUUGUGGUCUUGUGAUACCUGUAUUGCAGUUUGCUCGUGUUUCUCUCUGGUUACUGAUUAUUUGGCUCGUUAUUCCGAUUAUCCUGUCUUCUCCACUCCUUUGACCUCGGCUUGUUUCUCGUUCUCCCGUUUUCUGGCUCCCUUUACUUGGCUUGUCUCCUUACUAUUCUUAGUGUGCUUAGCCUGGCCACUCUAAGGACCCGUAUAGCAUCUUUCCUCUCUGUGUCCUGUUAGCGUGGUUCCGGAAUCAUGACAUUACAACAGGGCCACCAUGGAACCUGCUGACAUUCCACAGUUGUUAGUAAAUCAGGAGGCUAGAAUGGAUGGUUUAAACCACCGUAUGGAUCAGUUUGCCCAGGCUUUACAAACCAUACUGGCUCGUACUGCCCACUUGCAACCUGCCGUUCAAGAAGCUGUUGCUGCUGUGCUAGAACCCAUUCCCGAUCCAGUACCCGUUCCUGCUCACGUGGUUCACAUGACGCCACCUCAGCGCUAUAGCGGUGAUCCAGCGUUGUGCCGUGGUUUCCUCAACCAAAUUGAUAUUCAUUUGGUGAUGAAUCCUCAUUCCUACCCCACUGACAGAACCAAAAUUUCCUUUUGAUCAACCACUUGUCCGGGAAAGCUCUAGCAUGGGCUAAUCCUAUGUGGGAGAAUACGUCCCCAAUGUCCUUUGCAGAAUCAGACCGGCAGGGUUGCUUCUGCUGGCAAAGCUCUGCUUAGGGUCCGACAGGGUAAUAGAUCUGUAGCGGAUUAUACCAUUGAAUUCCGCACUCUGGCAGCUGAAGUGGUUUGUAAUAACGACGCCCUCGUAACAGCCUUUCAGGAGGGUUUGGCCGCUUACAUAUUAGACGAAAUAGCAUCCAGGGAAUUGCCUGUUCUUCUGGAUGAUGUGAUAGAUUAUAUCAUUCUUAUUGACAACCUUAUUAGAGAGAGGCGUAGUUAAAGAAGGAUGAAUACACAGGGGUUACCUGCUUUACCCAGUACUGCAUUACUAGCAUUACCUUCCCCUAAUCAACCACCUCCUGAACCCAUGCAAUUAUGUGCUGUAGGCUUAACUGAAGCUGAAAGAACGUACCGCAGAAGGGAGGGCUUGUGCCUUUAUUGUGAAAAGAGGGGGCAUCUCCGAAGAAAUUGUCCUAGUUUGCAGGGAAAACUUCAGCACCUUAGGCCUAGAGAGGGGUCGGCCUCGGGUGCUAUGGUUUUUUCCCCUCAUGUGUCCAUCUCCAGACCAUUUAUUACGGUUACUCUUUUGGUCAAUCAAACCACAAACCUGAAUCGAUCAACUAAAGCCUUGAUCGAUUCAGGUGCUGCAGACAACUUUAUGGAUGAAAACUUUGCAAAAAACGCAGCCUUGAAUCUGAUCCAAAAGGCCACACCCUUGACCGUUGAGGCCAUAGAUGGUAGACCACUUGAUAAAUCUCUGGUGACCCAUGAAACCCAAGAAAUGGUUAUGGCCGUGGGUGCCUUACACAAGGAAAGGUUAACCUUCCAAAUAAUUGACUCCCCUACAACUUCCAUCGUCCUGGGCUUUCCCUGGUUAGUUAAGCAUAACCUGGUACUUGAUUGGGGUUGUUUAGAUAUACUCUCCUGGGGGAAUCUUGUCAACAAGACUGUAUGGCCUGUUUACGUCCCGUUUGCUUACUUAAUGUGCCUACAGCUAGACCACUUUCUGUUUCUGUCCCUCCUGUGUAUGCAGACCUCGCAUUGGUCUUUGAAAAAAGGGAGGCUGAUAAACUACCCCCACACCGGGAUUAUGAUUGUGCCAUAAACCUGUUACCUGGUACUAUGCCUCCUAGGGGUGAGGUCUACACGCUUUCAGAGAAAGAAAACCAGGUCAUGGAGGAGUACAUACAGGAAUCCUUACGUAAAGGUUUUAUCAGAAGGUUCUCCUCUCCGGCGGGUGCUGGUUUCUUUUUUGUUGCCAAGAAAGAGGGCGAUUUGAGGCCAUGUAUAGACUACAGGGGCCUAAAUAAUAUAACAAUUAAAAACGCUUAUCCUAUCCAUCUCAUUACUGAGUUGUUUGACCGUGUUAAAGGUUCUAGAUAUUACACUAAACUAGACCUCAGGGGGGCUUAUAACUUGGUUCGUAUAAAAGAGAAUGAUGAAUGGAAGACAGCGUUCAAUACACGCAGUGGGCAUUACGAAUAUCCAGUCAUGCCUUUUGGACUGUGUAAUGCUCCUGCUGUCUUUCAGGACCUCAUAAAUGAUGUCCUUAGAGAUUUACUGCAUGUCUGUGCCAUGGUUUAUCUCUAUGAUAUACUUGUAUAUUCUCCUGAUUUGGAGUCACAUCAUGUCCAUGUGAGGAUGGUACUUAAGAGAUUGCUGCAGAACGGUCUUUAUUGUAAAUUGGAGAAAUGUUUAUUUGACCAAAAAUCAGUACAAUUCCUAGGGUAUGUAAUUUCUGAACAGGGAUUCAGCAUGGAUCCUUCAAAAUUAGAAGCCAUAUUGUCUUGGCUUCUUCCUCAAGGCCUUAAGGCAAUACAGCGAUUUAUAGGCUUUGCCAAUUAUUAUCGCAGGUUUAUUAAAAACUUUUCAUCAGUCAUUUCUCCUAUCACGAAACUGACUAAAAAGGGUUUGCACCCCAGGGUUUGGACUCCUGAAGCCGUUAAAGCCUUCGAAACUCUCAAAAAGGCAUUUGCCACUGCCCCUGUGCUACACCAUCCUGAUCCUUCCCUUUGUUAUGGAAGUAGACGCUUCAGAAUCAGGUAUAGGAGCUGUAUUAUCACAAAGACUAUCGCAUAACGAACCCCUCCAUCCCUGUUGUUACUUUUCUAAAAAGCUGUCUGAUUCGGAAAAGAAUUACGACAUCGGGAACAGGGAACUAUUAGCUAUUGUGAUGGCUUUUAAAGAAUGGAGGUACUUAUUAGAAGGAGCUAGACACAAAAUCCUGGUUAUAACUGAUCAUAAGAAUCUCUCCUAUAUAGCAGAUGCUAAAAGGUUGUCCUCUCGUCAAGCCAGAUGGUCCUUAUUUCUUUCACGCUUUCAGUUCAUUAUCACAUAUAGGCCUGGGUACCGUAAUGUCAAGGCUGAUGCUAUCUCCAGACAAUACGAACCUUUGGAGUCAAUUGCCCCCGCUCCUGAACCCAUUGUACCUACAUCUAAGAUAAUAGCUGCUACCCGUUUGGUUAUUUCGUCUCUUUUCCUUGAUAGUGUCAAAACAUACCAAACCCAAGCACCCUCUGAGACACCUUUUGGUAGAUUAUACGUGAAAGAAAAAGAUAGAAAGAAAUUGUUAGCUUUAUUUCACACCGCCAAAACGGCUGGUCACCCAGGGGUUACCAAAACAUACAAGGGUCUCUUUCAACAAUUUUGGUGGCCCUCACUUAAGCAAGAUGUAGUGGAUUAUGCUCAGGCUUGUCGUGUUUGCGCACAGUGUAAGUCCCCUAAUGUUAAACCCCCGGGACUCCUAAUGCCUCUAUCCGUGCCCAAGAAACCAUGGACCCACUUAUCCAUGGACUUCAUUGUAGAUCUUCCUUCAUCUGGUGGUCAGACAGUAAUUUUGACUGUGACCGAUAGGUUCUCUAAAAUGGCACACUUUAUUCCACUUAAGAAACUACCUUCUGCGGUUUAGUUGGCUCAAGUAUCUGCCAAAGAGGUGUUCCGCUUGCAUGGUAUACCACAAGAUAUCAUAUUCGACAGGGGUCCUCAAUUUGUCUCUCGGUUUUGGAGGGGCUUUUGUGCUGAGACAGGGAUCUCCUUGUCAUUUACGUCCUCCUAUCAUUUACGUCCUCCACAAUCUAAUGGAGCCGCCGAAUUAGCAAAUCAAUCUGUAGAGUUAUAUUUGCGCUGCUUCACGAAUGCGCACCAGGACAACGCUGCCUUCCCUGGGCUGAAUUCGCCAGGAACACUGUGACUCAUUCGUCCACUGGCUUAAGUCCUUUUAUGGUUGCUUAUGGAUUCCAACCCUCUGUCCUUCCCGGCGUGUUCUCCGACAAGGGAAUACCCGCUUUGGACGAGCAACUCACCUCCUUACGGAAGAUGUGGGAUCAGGUCCAUGCUACUCUUUCUCGUGCGACUGCUACUCAGAAGAGAUUUGCUGAUCGUCGUAGGGGUGCUGCUCCUUCUUAUGUCCCGGGUGAUAGGGUUUGGUUGUCCUCUAAGAAUCUCCGCCUCAGGGUCCCAUUGAUGAAAUUCGCACCCAGGUUCCUUGGCCCCUAUAAGGUAUUGCGUAAGAUCAAUCCUGUGUCCUACCCCAUGGCCUUGCCUCCUUCCAUGCGUAUACCUAACACUUUUCACACCUCCCUUUUGAAGCCCCUGCUCUGUAAUCGUUUCUCUGGUCCUCUCAGGCGUCCGGAUUCCCCCCGCGCUGUCUCCAGUGAAGUGUACAAAGUGGCUGCUCUGCUUGAUUCUCGUUUUUCUCGGGGCCGGUUGCAGUAUCUAGUAAAUUGGAAGGGUUACGGCCCUGAGGAGCGGUCUUGGGUUUCUGCCUCUGACUUGAAUCCGCCCUCUUUGAUCCGCUCCUUUCAUGCGCGGUUUCCUUUGACGCCUUAGGCUUCCAGUCCGUCAGGCGGUCCUCGAGGGGGGGUUAUGUCAGGGGUCCGCGGGCGGCUGUGAGGGGAGGCUGCACGCCACUUGCAGCACUCACCCUCAGUCCGUCGCCGUCCCCUGGUCUCCCCUCCUCCUAUUUGUCGGCGAGCGGCGUCUCCUCUCCGCCGCUCGCGUCCUCCACACCUCCCAGCAGCAGCAUGUAUAACGCUGCACGCUGGGAGGUCGCAAAUUUAUGCAAAUUGACCCGGCGUUAAAGCAACAGUACCACAAUCACAGUGGGAGGCGUAGAUAUCUCCCACGUGUGAUUGUUAAUUCUGAUUGGAAGUUAUCCAAUCAGAAUUAAGCAAAGGGUAUUUAUAAGAAGAGCACUCUAGGGGAUAGUGCACGGAUACCAGGAGCUGACUUGUGAAAAUAACUUAAAAUCUGAUAAAGUGACUAAUAUAUAAAAUGAGUAAUAUGCAAAAAUGUGUAAAAAAAGAAUGUGUAAAAUGUUGGGUACUGUGCCUUUAAGAGCUGCAAAACAAAACAGAAGUGAAGGUAUAAAUGCUAGGUGACAUAUAAAUGCAGUGAAUAUGUGCCAAACUAAAAACUAAAAGACGUGCCCAUAAAAAUGUAUGGAGACAGUAUGUGUCAAAAAGAUGAAGGAAAAAUCUAUCUAUCUAUCUAUCUAUAUAUAUAUAUAUAUAUAUAUAUAUAUAUAUGUGUGUGUGCACGGUGAAUAGCACUUCCACUGGAUGAUGAACUAGAUAUAAAUAAAAGUAACAGUGUUGCAAAGAAUAAUAGCAAUGUUGCAAAUAAUAGCAGAAAGGCAACAAAGUGACUGGGACUGUGUAUUUAAAGCAGUCAAUCAAUUGCUGUAGACUGAAGUAAGGUAAAACAAACUGGAUAUAGUAAAAAAACAGUUUAUUAUAAACAACAAUAAAAAUUACUUAAAUAGGUAUAAAAACCAAAAAAUAUAGGUCAGGAACAGUAGAUGAUAUUGUUACCAGUCUUAUGAAAGUGGACAGAUGUUGUAAACCCUCGGACUGGCUGAGGAUGGAUGUGGAUUGAAUAAUGCCAAUUCGUCUCCUGAAUGCAGCUGCCGGUGAGGACGGUAUUUAUACUUACCUUUCCUGUCUCUCAGUGCCCUGUUGUGGUCUUGUGAUACCUGUAUUGCAGUUUGCGCAUGUUUCUCUCUGGUUACUGAUUAUUUGGCUCGUUAUUCCGAUUAUCCUGUCUUCUCCACUCCUUUGACCUCGGCUUGUUUCUCGUUCUCCCGUUUUAUGGCUCCCUUUACUUGGCUUGUCUCCUGACUAUUCUUAGUGUGCUUAGCCUGGCCACUCUAAGGACCCGUAUAGCAUCUUUCCUCUCUGUGUCCUGUUAGCGUGUUAGGUUCCGGAAUCGUGACAUUAAGAGAAAGGAGACUCUUCAUCUAUAGUUUGGUCUAAAAAUAGUAAGCCUGCCACUAUGUCAAGGUAGACCCUUUGAGCAGGAUCCUAACAUAACCUAACCUGUCAUUAUCCUGUCUUUUACUGUUGUAAAUGAAAUCUCAAAAUAGCAAAACUAAACAAAAAAACAGUUUAGCAGUAAUACUAUCAACACAAACACACUGAUGCACAGACACACACAUUGACAAAUACAGACAUACAUUCACACUGUGUAUUUGGCUGUUUGUAUUUCUUUUUUUUUUUUUUUUGUCAUCUGACAUUCAACAUAGGAUGGAUAGUGCCCCUAAGAUAAGAGUGGCACAAGUCCCACAUAUUGCCAUCACACCUGCCCCAGUCCUUCACACAUUCUAGAGCAUCUGACUCAUAAGUCCAAUCACAAAUUGAAAGUAGAACUCCGGGCCUCCCUGCAAAUGUUGUCGCACAUGCUGAGUGGUGGUCUCCCGAGGGUGAGUGAGAUGUUUAGUGGUCUGUCCCAGAGUAGGCCACUAGAAUUUUUUUACUGGCACUUGGGAUUUCUUUGGCCCAUUCAGCCCCUGAUGUGGUCUGCUGAGUAUAAGUGAAGGUGGAUGGCCAGCUGGCUGGCUCAUAAAGAGCAUGGGUGUGUGGGCGGUCGGCCAGUUAGCUCAAGAGGAGCAUGGGCGGGCAGUCAGCCGGCCAGCUAAAGGGAAAGCAUGGGCGUGCAAGCGGUCGGUCGGCCAGCCAGCUGAGGGAGAGUGUGGGCAUGCGGACAGGCUAGAUGCUCCUGGAGGAUUGAGGCAGACGGACAGGUGCGCGAGGGAGCUGUAAGCUCUGCUCAUUCGCGCGUCCUCCAGUGAUGCUAAGAGCCGGGCUAUGACGUCAUUCCGCCCAAGCAUCACUAAACAGCGCUGUAUGGAGCAGAGCAAGGUGAUGACUGAAGCCCCACUGGACCAAAGGGAAAGCCAAACCAUUCCAGCUUUCCCAAGGGUAGGGAGGCUGGGUGGUCACAUUUAUGUAUGUGCCAAAAUGUGUGUUAUUAUUGCAGUAAUAGUGAAUGCGUGUGUGUCUCAGUGAGUGUAUAUGUCAGUGAGUGAGUGUAUGUCAGUGAGGGUGUGUGUCUCUCAGUGUGGAUGUGUGUUUGUCUGUCAGUGUGUGCGUGUCUGUCAGUGAGUGAGUGUGUGUGUGUAUCUGUCAGUGAGUGCAUGUGUGUGUGUCAGUAAGUGAGUGUGUGUGUGUGCCUGUCAGUCUUAUGCUGUAGUGGUUCUGGUGACUAUACUGUCCCUUUAAACCCUUAAGGACACAUGACCUGUGACAUGUCAUGAUUCACUUUUAUUCCAGAAGUUUGGUCCUUAAGGGGUUAAGAAUUUUAUUUUGGACAUUGUAAAACUGGCUCCUAACUUUUUUUGCUGGUUCCUAGAUUCUAAGCAAAUUUGUCAAACCCUGCACAUUAAAGUGUUUUCAAUAAAGCCUAAAAUAAAUUCCAGCCCCAACAUCGCUAAUCGGCACACGAGGGAGCAAAGCAGGACAGUAACAGCUCCCUCACCGCCCACCCGCCUAUAGUAUGCACAGCUGGCGGCCCAUCGAUCCACUCCAGCUCUCCCAAAGGUAAGGAGGCUGGUUGGAAUAAAGUUGAAUUAAAACAUGUAAUAAUUUGUGAGUGUUUGUGUGUGUGUUUUUCAGUGUGUGUGUGUGUGUGUGUGUUUGUGUCUUUCAGUUUGUGUGUGUGUGUCUGUCUGUCGUCGUAUGUGUGUCUGUCUAUGUAUUUGUGUCUGUCUGUCAGUGUAGACACCUUGUGUGUCUGUAACAAGGCCAAAAAUUCAAGGGUAUGCAAACUUUUGAGCACAACUGUAUAUAUAAAAAAGCAAAAGAGCUGUACAGACGUGCGUUAGUGGAGCUUGUCUCUGCUAUGUGCAUUACUAUGACUAAAACGAAAUCGAAAUUUGCCACCAAAAUUAAAACUGCUCAACAAUAAAAUGUGUAAAAGAAAUAUCGAAUCCAAUGCAUUGAGGAUGAAAAGGGCCUGUGUGGCAAGCGCAGCGCUCAACCAAUGAAAUGGAGGUUAGUUGUAAGAGCAGAGUUUGACUACUGCCGAUUUACAUUUUAGUGAAUACCCUGGAAGGUGGAAAAGAUGGAGAAGUUUUGAGAUUUUUUUUACUCUUAUUCUCCAUUUCUACUUAAUAUGUUGCAAAAUACUUGUCAAUUUGUCUGAAUUCACUUUAUGGUAAAUGCAUUCCGUAGUACACACAAAGUUGAUAUCCAAAAAUAUUGUAAUCUAUGCUGUAGCCUGCAUACCUUUGUCACAAAAUAUAUAAUGACUUCUUUGUUGUUAUUCAAAUGGUUUGCUAAAUUCCAGCACAGAAAAACUCAAAAACAAAUGUGAAAAUUAUCAUAUAAACAGAUAAUAAUACAAACCAACUGAAACAAGUGUAUUAGUACAAUAUUGAAAAAAUGUGUGUAUCCAACUCACAUGUACCAUAGUUCUGUCAACCUUGGCUCUGGGUAUAAAAGGCUCCACUUGGGGGGGAGAUGUCCCACAAUAUCCAGAAUCACCAGCCACCCAUCAUCAUUAACUUGGAUCUUAAGCAGGGAGAAACCAGAGAUAAACAAGAACCCAAUAGUGCAAUAUCAAUGUAUAUAUUUCUUAGACACAAUAAAAAAGAAGCUUACUUAAAAUAGUGGUGAGUUUCCCAAUCGGGUACCCACAUUCACGCAUGACAAAUAUUUAAAAACCCAUGGCCAGCAUCAGAUCAGACUGGUUUCAGUCACUCAGGGUUCCUCAGCUCCUUGGAAUGUCUUGUGUGACGCGUUUUACCCGCCUCCCUCAGGCUUCAUCCAUCACCAUCUUUCCCAAGAAAGUAUUCCUAUGUGCAUCACGUCCCUAAUACUCCUCUGUUAGGAACAUUGCAUUGGACGAAUGCCUGGAAUGCGACACCUCCAUGACGAUGCUGGGGGAGGUGGAGCGGCACCAGCACCAAAGGAGUUUUGAUGCUAGAGAAAAGAUAAGUAAAACUUUCAUCUUACUUAUUUCUGUUACACUCAGUGGGACAACUAAUCUAAAUAGAGACAGGGUUACUAUAGCUUUAGGAGUACAGGUUUGUCGUCGUAAUGCUAUAGUGUUACUUUUAACAUUUUUAAGCAGAGGUACAUAUAAAAAUACACAAGUGUUUUGUCCCCCAUUUUAAAUUUUUCAACAUGGCUGUUUUAGGUUAUACAUUGCCAUAACAGCACUAGGAGCAAUAUCUAAAUCAAUGGUAAAUAUUAGAAGAAAGAAAACAGACACUGUGACCUGAAUUUGUCUGGAUUCAUUGCCUCCAAAAGACAGGGUGUUGUUGGAUCUUAACCACUUAAACUGCAUCUAUCUUUUUUUGUAUAUUGUUUUUUUAAAUAGACGUAUGCUGUUUGAAAUCUCAGAAAACAUUACCAAACAGGACCACAAAGAGAUUAUCUUUCUCCUGAAGCUCACUAAAAAGCAAAAGGAAUGCAAGGUAAGGAACUAAAAUUCCGAGAUAUAUACACAGGUAUAUCACUGUUCACAACAGAAAAGGCAAUCAAUUUAUGAUAUAUCACUUAUCUCAAGAAUAUGAAAAACAAGCUCCUAAGUCUCUGGCCUCCCAGCAGUAAUACUUAAUAUUGCUCUUCCACAAGGGAUCUAAGGUAGUUGAUAUAAUAUGGAUAAUAACCUGAAUGACUAUGAUUUUUUAAGUAUUGACAGGUGGUGAGAUGUGGAAGAAUUAGGAGCUAAAGAACAAUUGUCUGGUAGCAUCAUUAAUUAUGAUUUUAAGCAUUGUAAGCAGAGCUUAAUUAACUAUAUGGCUACCCAUUAGACAGGGGUCCAUAAGACCAUGAAUAUCCUUGGCCCAUUAACCAUCCCUAUGUGAAGAUUAAAGGGGUGGGGAGGGGGAUUAAGUGAGACCAACAAUGAACAUGUUUCAAUUCGUUAAGGAGAUAGUCAAAUCUGGGAAAAUAAGUUUUACAUGCAUUGGGUUUCAGGAUGCAUGCUGUGUUUUUAUAAUAAAAGCUCGCGGAUUUGGAGAUUGAUUGUAUGUGGGUAGGGGAGGAAAAAAGAUUGCCAUCAAAGAGGAUCCCAUGGCACUGAGCCUGUGCAGUAGAACUGAUGGUGGCAGAAGGGAUGCUAAAAAUUGAGGAUGAGCAUUUGAAGGAAAAACAAGAAAUGUAUUUUUUUGAGGGGCUGAGUUUCAGGAACAGACAAUGAUCUUAUGAGAUACAGAGGAAAGGUAUCUUGAUGACAAUACUGAAGGAAAGGGUCGGGGGAAGAUACGUAGACCUGGAUGCAAUCAGCCUAAAUGAUGUAAUGAUGAGAAAACCCAGGAUGGAUGUGUAAAGGGAGAACAGAAGGGAUUUAGAACACCAAAGGGAAAACGGUACACUGGUGCCAGUAAAGGAGACAUUGAACAAACACUAGCACAGUUAGGAUGAAAUAACAAGAAAAAGGAAACUCAAAAGGCUGGAAAGUGGGAGGGGAGGAAAAGACACUCCCGUAUCCCACUGCCGAGCCUCCAGAGUAUAGAGGUCACCUGGACUGGUAAAAGGGGGUAACCCUGGAAAUUGUAGAAAAAAGGAAGAAAAAAAACCAAAAAGGGAUGUCUUAUAUAAAGACCGCCCAGAGGGUAAAUACCCAGUCCAAUCUCAACAGUAGUGUAGUUGCCAAAAAAUAAAAAAGCCUUUAUUGAAAUCUAUUAAAAAACCUGGGUAAUCAGUGAUGGACAGAAUAAUAUAGGGAGAAAUAUGUAUGGUAGGAACAAGGCUAAUCAAGAGCCAACCCUCACAAGAAACGGAGAGGGGAUAGAAGGCAAUAUGUACCCCCAUACAUAACUCAGGUAACAAAGCAGUAGGAAAGAACAGGGAAAGGGAGAAACACACACUCCCAACCAAACAGUAGUGCUAUGCUAAUACCCUAUCUCCUAUAAAACACCUUCGUGGGUGUUCUAAUCUAAAUGCUGUCAUAACAUCUGAAGCCCCAGGUUACACACACAUACUAGAAAAACAUAAAUGAAAAGGUGCUCAGAGCAAAGUGCUCAAGAGAGUAUUAAAAACACAGAAGAACCCGACGUACGUUUCGGCGUGACCACACGCCGUCCUCAGGGGUAUCAGCAGUGAGCAAAAAACUGUCCGGGUGGUAAAUUUAUACCUUAAGCUCAUAAGCUUUAUUGUAAUCACCUGUGAUUGUGUCUAAAUUGCUCCGGUCCUCCUGUGAAUGGGGCUGUGGGGGUGUGGUGUAACACACCAUAGUGUCAGCCCACAUUUCUAUGUCAGAGGUAGCCAGAACAGAAAUCAGGUGAAAGGGAAUUAACCCUUUGAGUGCCCCGCCCGGAACAGAUAUAAAUGGAUACUUACUAUAUCUAAAAGGCAGUAUCCAUAGCUUAAAAAUUAACCCUUGGAAUGUCCAAAUUGUAUCAUAUAGGUCAAGUGUGUGGAUUGAUUCUUAUGGCUGUAUUGUGUAGCUUUAGUACAAUUAAAGAAACAACUUAUAACCGUUGUGAACCAGUAAGGGAUAAGUACAAUGGCUAUAUGGGCAGUCAUACACAGAAGCCGACAAUUCUUUUAUUGCCACUGUAAAUAGUAACCCAUUAGUUUAUGCAACACAAAACAGACCCCUAAACUCUUAGACCUAUAAUACAGGUAAAAUUAAUGGACAUAUGAACACCAAAUAUAAUAGAAAUAAAUAAAGAAUAUAUACAUAUAUACAGGCAUAACUUAAGAUACCAUUUAUUAUCAGAAUUAUUGCAGUACUUUAAAUAAACGGGGAAUAUGAAAACCCUUCAUUUAGCCCCAGGGGAGAUAGCGUUUUGAGAUGGUAAAUCCAAAACGCCUCUCUUUGUCUUAGUUUUAGGUCCCAGUUUCCUUUCCUAGGAGGCUGUGGUACAUGUUCAAGACCCAUGAACCGGAUGCCUGCUGAGGAGUGAUUGUGAUGUAGAUGUAAAUGCCUUGAGACGGGUGUUUCCAAACGUCUCUUGACAGAAUUUACAUGUUCACGUAUCCUUAGCCUGAAGUGGCGAAAAGUCUUGCCUACAUAUUUUAGGCCACAGGAGCAAGACAGUAGGUAAACUACUCCUGUUGUGUUACAAUUAAAGAAGGAACGUGGUUUGAAAUUCAUUAAGCCCUUGCUGUCAGAGGCCCUCUUGGUAAUAACGGGCAUGCACUGCAGUGACCACAUUGGAAAGAACCCAUUGGUAGGUAUUUUUGAAAAUAACCUGACGGGGACGUAGUUGAGAGGUGACUAGGUGCUAGGAUAUCUCUCAAGUUUUUGCCCCUCCGUGCUGUAAUUGAAGGGAGUGAUGGCAGAAUUUCCUUCAGAUGCUUAUCUGAUUGGAGGAUAGGCCAGAAUUUUUGAAAGACAUUCAGCAUAGUGUCCUAUCCUGCAUCAUAUGUACCUAUGCAGCGUAUUUUAUUUUCCUCAGUCUUACGACCCCCAUCUGUAAUUAGGGUUUCCCGUUCAGUGUGGAUUGCCCUCAGAUAGGCUCUUUUCAGAACCCUAUUUGGGUAACCUUUGGCCUUAAACAUGUGACGCAGCUCAUUUGCUUUUAAUUUGAACUCCUCCAUCGUGGAGCAGUUUCGUCGAAGUCUCAAAUAUUGGCCUAUUGGGAUACCGGAUUUGAGUGAUAUGGGGUGAUGACUAGACCAGCAUAGCAGGUUAUUUGAGGCUGUCUUCUUUCUGUACAAGGUUGUUUCAAUUUUGCCUUCUUUAGAUACCUGUAGUGCUAGAUCUAGAAAGGAAAGGUUUUGACCCCCUACUUCACUAGUGAAUCGUAAGUUAAAAUCGUUGCUGUUCAGCAGACAUACAAAUUCUUUGAAUCUCUCUGAUGUAUCAAGCCAAAUCAAAAACACAUCAUCGAUGUAUCUUUUCCAAUAGAAGAUCUGAUUAGUGUAUGAUUUCAGCUUAGGAUCUGCCCUAAUACACCUUUCCCACCAGCCUAGAUGGAGAUUGGCAUAUGAGGGCGCACAAGACGUCCCCAUAGCUGUACCAGUGGUCUGGUGGAAGAUUUUGCCAUUGAACAGAAAGAUAUUAUGAGUCAAAAUGAAUUCAAGUAAUUCCAUCACAAAAUUCACAUAAUGUUCAGGUAGGUCAGUUUCAAGAUUUAAUAGUUGACGGGUAUGUUUAAUACCUAGGUUAUGAGGAAUUGAGCUGUAAAGGGCCUCCACGUCAAGGCUACACAGGAUAGCGUUUGGAGGUAAAGUAAGGUUGGUCAAUAAAUGCAACAUUUGUUUAGUAUCUCUAAGGAAAGAUGGUAGCUUCUGUACUACUGGGGACAGAAUUUUAUCCACAUAAAUGCUUACAUUCUGAGUUAGAUUAUCACAACCAGAAACUAUCGGCCUACCGGUCGGAUCGGUUAGUGAUUUGUGCACUUUAGGCAAACAAUAAAAAGUAGAUAGACAUGGUUGUUUGGUGCACAUAAAUUCAAACUCAUCCUGAUUAAUGAGUUGAUGAUUCACAGCCUUAGUAAGCAUAGUUUUUAACUCAGCUUGGAACGCUUUUGUAGGAUCUUUUACUAGUAUGCGGUAAGUAUUUUUAUCGGAUAAAAGUCUUUCAGCUAUACGAAUGUAGUGGUCUCUGUCAAGUAUCACCACAUUGCCCCCUUUAUCAGAGGGUUUGAAAAUCAAAUUUGUAUAGCUCUGUAGUUUUUUCAGGGCUAUUAGUUCCUGAGUAUUAAGGUUGCCAUUAGGGGAUAGAUCAAAAUCAUCCAUUUUUGCCUUAUCUAUUUCCCUAGUAACCAUUUCCAAAAAUACCUCCAAAUUUUUAUAAUCCUGAAAAUGAGGGGUAAACUUACUCUUGGGUUUCAAAUUAGUAUGUGGUAUAUCAGAUUGUAUAGUACCAUCUCCAGAGUUAAGUAAUUCCACCAGAGUGUCUAAGCACUCCAAGUCAUUUGGUGAUAGACCCAAGCUUUGGGCCUUAGUUUCUUUACGUACUGCAUGGUAUUUAUACAAGGCAAGCUUUCUCACAAAAAAGUUUACAUCCUUAGUCCAGUUGAACUUGCUGAAUGUUGGAAUGGGUACGAAUGAAAGACCCUUCUCCAAUACGCUAAGUUCGGUCUGACCAAGGAUGGUAUCAGAGAGAUUAAUAAUACGCAGAGAGGAUGCUAUCAUUCCCUGCGUUGUCUCUGACUUCUGCCCCUGUAUCUGGUGUGCGGACCCUGAGUUAGAUCCGCUUGUCUUAAUCCUAAAAAAUCCACCCCCUUUUUUAGAAUACUUUUAGUUGGAUUCCUAGGAGUAGGGGUUUGAGGUUUUUCAGUUUCAGUAUCGGUUGAUUCGUACUCAGAUGUACUGAAUUGGUCAGAGUCUACUUUGGAUCUCUUUUUAAAAGAACAGUAAAUUCUACCUUGUUCAAAGUCCUUUGUAUCUCUCAUAUACUUCUGGUGUUUCCUCACUUUUAUAAUGUGAGAGAAUUUGUCCAGAUUGGAUUUGAGUUUUAUCUCUAGUGAUUCAAAUUGUGGUUCUACUUUAAAACCCUGGACCACCUCAAUCUCUUUAUCCAGUUCUAGUUGGACAUUGGAUAGUUUAAUAGACUCAUAUUUACAAAUAAUACUCAUGAACGUAUUUGAGCAUUUAGUAGCUGCCUCAUCCCAUUCUUUAUAGAAGUCUUCCAUCUCGACUUGUCUUGAUGGAGAGGUCUGAACUCUUAGCCCUCUAGGGAUGAUAUUUUUAGAGAUGUAUUUCUCGAGAGUGGAGACUUCCCAGCUUAUCUUAAUUUGUUGUUUAAAGAGUUUAGUAAGCUUAUUAAAGCUGGUGUGAAUAUUAGGGGGAGACAGUGUAUCUAGUGUACUUUCAGUACUGAACACAGAAUCAGCGUCCGCACACCAUGUACUUGCGCUGGGUUUUUUAGACAGAAAGCCUGCCAUUGUAGUUUGGAAAAAAGGUUAUAAAAACUGAUAAUAGUAAUGGUGGUGACCACACGGUGAGUAACACCAAUAUAAUUAAAUAACAAGAAAAAGGAAACUCAAAAGGCUGGAAAGUGGGAGGGGUUAUAAGUUGUUUCUUUAAUUGUACUAAAGCUACACAAUACAGCCAUAAGAAUCAAUCCACACACUUGACCUAUAUGAUACAAUUUGGACAUUCCAAGGGUUAAUUGUUAAGCUAUGGAUACUGCCUUUUAGAUAUAGUAAGUAUCCAUUUAUAUCUGUUCCGGGCGGGGCACUCAAAGGGUUAAUUCCCUUUCACCUGAUUUCUGUUCUGGCUACCUCUGACAUAGAAAUGUGGGCUGACACUAUGGUGUGUUACACCACACCCCCACAGCCCCAUUCACAGGAGGACCGGAGCAAUUUAGACACAAUCACAGGUGAUUACAAUAAAGCUUAUGAGCUUAAGGUAUAAAUUUACCACCCGGACAGUUUUUUGCUCACUGCUGAUACCCCUGAGGACGGCGUGUGGUCACGCCGAAACGUACGUCGGGUUCUUCUGUGUUUUUAAUACUCUCUUGAGCACUUUGCUCUGAGCACCUUUUCAUUUAUGUUUUUCUAGUAUGUGUGUGUAACCUGGGGCUUCAGAUGUUAUGACAGUAUUUAGAUUAGAACACCCACGAAGGUGUUUUAUAGGAGAUAGGGUAUUAGCAUAGCACUACUGUUUGGUUGGGAGUGUGUGUUUCUCCCUUUCCCUGUUCUUUCCUACUGCUUUGUUACCUGAGUUAUGUAUGGGGGUACAUAUUGCCUUCUAUCCCCUCUCCGUUUCUUGUCAGGGUUGGCUCUUGAUUAGCCUUGUUCCUACCAUACAUAUUUCUCCCUAUAUUAUUCUGUCCAUCACUGAUUACCCAGGUUUUUUAAUAGAUUUCAAUAAAGGAUUUUUUAUUUUUUAUUUUUUGGCAACUACACUACUGUUGAGAUUGGACUGGGUAUUUACCCUCUGGGCGGUCUUUAUAUAAGACAUCCCUUUUUGUUUUUUUUCUUCCUUUUUUUCUACAGUUAGGAUGAACACAGGGCAGAAUCACACAGACCAAUGUUACAAUGAAAGCAGCAGAAACAUCAAGAUGAAUUAAUAGAGUAACUGUGUCUGGAUUUAGCAGCACUUCGGUUUUUGUUGUUUCAGUAGAAGGUCAAGACCAGAUACUAAAUGGAAGCAGGUCAAGAAGUGAGUUUGCUUCAAGGAAACUUCCAGUCUUGUAUAUAAAAGUAAUAUAAAUGUGUAAGGCAGUGGUAGAGUGGAUCAUUUGUAACAGAUGGUUUUUAAUUGGUGUAACUGUUUGCAUAGUUAUAUAAAAUGGGAUAGACAUUGCAGGGAAGGGAGAGUGUGAAGAGUUUAGCAGGACCGGUGCAAGGGUUUUUGCCUACACAGGCGUGUCAUCAAUGAUUCUUAUAGAGAAUCACUGGAGCAUGGCCAUUAGGUGGACAGUCAUUGUGGGUGUGUCAUUACUGAUUCUCAUAGAGUAUAAAGGGUAAUCCAGACAUGGACCCCUUGCUCACGGUGCCUAGAGAGAUAUCAGCUAUGCCUCACUGAUGAUGCCUACCAAGGCUGAAACGAUCGUCUGGGGUUGCUGUAUCUCUCGUGCAGAGAGAAUUUGCUGGCAUUUCGGAUCUGGACUGCCCGUAUGGGUGGGACCAGUCUGAUAUGCUUCAGAUAUGUUCUCUCUGUAAUGGCACAAGAUGAGCUAAAACCAGCUUGAGUUCUGAGCGGGGACCCACUGAAGGGCAGGCUAUUUCAGCUGCUGUCCGAUCUCAGAAUACUCUUGCGACCCGGUUUUUGCUCUGAUUCUCAUAGAGAAUCACUGGAGCAUGGCCAUUGGUGGACAGUCAUUGUGGGCGUGUCAUUACUGAUUCUCACAGAGAAUCAAUGGAGCAUGGCCAUUGGUGGACAGUCAUUGUGGGAGUGUCAUUACGGAUUCUGAUAGAGAAUCACCAGAGCAUGGCCAUUGGUGGACAGUCAUUGUGGGAGUGUCAUUACGGAUUCUCAUAGAGAAUCACCAGAGCAUGGCCAUUGGUGGACAGUCAUUGUGGGAGUGUCAUUACGGAUUCUCAUAGAAAAUCACAGGAGCAUGGCCAUUGGUGGACAGUCAUUGUUGGCGUGUCAUUACUGAUUCUCACAGAGAAUCACCGGAGCAUGGCCAUUGGUGGACAGUCUGGAUGAAAUACAAGCAGGGAGAUAUGACAUGAAAUCAGAGGAGGAGCAGAGAAUCUGAUAAAAGUAAAGAUAAAAACAUGUGCUUCUAUAGCUAAUUUUUACACUAUUUAGGGGAAUAAAGCAUUUAGUGACACUAGGUUUACUGUUACGGGGGGGAAAAGGAUAUGCAUUUUUUGCCUAUACGGUUCCUUUAAGUAAUUUUGGCCUCGAUUACAAUCCAGCUGAGAACAUUUAUAAUCAAUAAUGUUUAUUGGCAGUUUAUCAGCUCCCAGUAUUUGACCACUCACAACACUAGCAGGGGGCUAUUGGGUGUGUGCUAUAAUAAUAAUAAAUGGGGAGGACUUAGUGUCCUGGUCGCCCCUCCUCCCCCCCCCCAUAGUCAGCGGUUGGGAGCUAAAAUAAUAAUAAAUGGGGGGACAUAUUGACCUCCAGCACCUACUCACAGGCGGUGGGUGUGGGCUAAUAAUAAUAAAUAAAAAAAUAAGUGACAGGUAGGGGCUAUUAAAGGGAAGCUAUUGGCACCAAGACAACUUUAGCUUAAUGACGCAGUUUUUGUAUAUAGAUCAUGACCCGGCAGUCUCACUGCUCAGUUCUCUGCCAUUUAGUAGUUCAUCCACUUUGUUUUUGCAAUGUAGUCACACCUUCCUUCAUGUGACUCACACGGUCUUCCUAAACACUUCUUGUAAAGAGAGAUAUGUUUAAACUCCCUUUAUUGCAAAUUAUGUUUAAUUUAGAAUUUCAUAUCUCCUGCUCUGUUAACAGUCGUCUAGAACCUACAGGAGCCUCCUGUGCAGGCCCGGACUGGCCAUCGGGCACACCGGGCAAAUGCCCGGUGGGCCUCGGUGGCCAUGGGCCGAGGCUGGCAGGGGAGGUCCCAGGAUCUCCCCUGCCGGUCUAUGCAGGGCCGGCGCUACCCGAGCGCCGGCCCCGCUGUUUGCCACGACGGGCCGGUGGGGAGAUCAAAGAUCUCCCUCACCGGACCAAAUGCAGCCGCCGGCGGGGAGAGAGGGAGGGAGACAGCCAGGAGAGAGGACCUGGCGGAGCGAUAACUUGCAGUUCCGCCGGGUUCCUCUCGCUAGAGUUCACUCACCCAUGAGGACCACCAGGGAACAUUGCCACCCCGCCUCCCAGUCCCAGGUGCCAGCGUGCCGGACCCCCCCUCCCAGGCUAGGGAGGGAGGUAAGAAGGGAGGGGGGGAUUUAAUGCCUGUUUUUUGUUUUUGUUUAUUUACCCCCCCCCAACACACACACAAUCCAUUCUAACAUUUAUAAAGCACUUUCACACCCAUCACACACAGCACUCUCACACACAGCACUUUCACACACAGCACUCUCACACCCAUCACACACAGCACUCUCUCACAGCACUCUCUCACACACAGCACUCUCACACCCAUCACACACAGCACUCUCACACACACAGCACUCUCUCACAGCACUCUCACACCCAUCACACACAGCACUCUCACACACAGCACUCACACACUCACUCACACACAUCACACAGCACUCACUCACAGCACUCUCACAGCACUCACACCCAUCACACACAGCACUCUCACACACACAGCACUCCCACACACACAGCACUCUCACACACACAGCACUCUCACACAGCACCUCACAGCACCUCACACCCAUCACACACACAGCACUCUCACACACACAGCACUCUCUCACAGCACCUCACACCCAUCACACACAGCACUCUCACACACACAGCACUCUCUUACAGCACUCUCACACACAGCACUCACACCCAUCACACACAGCACUCUCUCACACAGCACUCUCACACCCAUCACACACAGCACUAUCACACACAGCACUCUCACCAAGGCAACUUUCACACACACGGCACUCUCACACAUACGGCACUCUCACACACACCGCACCCCUCACACACACAUACUGCACCCCUCACAUACACACAGAACCCCCCCAACACACUGCACCACAAACAUACACAAUACUUCCAAAUAUAUAUAUAUACACACACACACACACACUACACUCUUAACAUACACACUCUGGAUCCCCUAUACACACACUAGAUUCCUUGUAAGCAAACACAUACUACACCCCUAAACACACACUACAUCACCUAUAUACACACACACACACACACUAUAGCCUGUAUGCACACACUUGCUAUAUCCCCAAUACACACAUUCUCUACAGCCCAUAGCCACAUAUGCAUCACAUUACACCACUUUACACCACAAACACAACACGACUAAAACCGACCUUAUUACACAAUACCACACCAUGACCAGCUCACUCUACACACACGCAAUACCACAAGCAGGCUCCAAACACAUGCACAAUACUCUUUCCUGGCCCUUUUGUCUCCUGGUAUCCAUUUAUAGAGACACCAGAGACAAGUUGCAAGGAAACACAGUGCAAGCAUGUUAUUAAAUUUGCUUGCACUGUGCAGAACAAAUACAGGACUUUUUUCUCAUGCUAGAGCUCUUCAGCAGAGCUCUGCGCAUGGUCUGCCCUGGGAGAGCAUUGAACCAACAUGCUCACUUUAAGAGGAGGCGUGUUUGUCAUUGGUGAUGACAAAACACACCUCCUCUGCCCCGCCCCCUUUUUAGUGGGCCGCUGUGUUAAAAAAAUGCCCGGGCAGAAUUUUUCUCCCAGUCUGGCCCUGCUCCUGUGUGUGAUUAAAGUUCAACUUACAGAGCUGGAGACAAAAACCUCUAAAGCAAACCAACAUGUGUUAUAAAAAUGAAACCAUGUUUUUCAUGCAGGCUGUGUGAGUCACAGCCAGAGAAGGUGUGGCUAUGGAUGCAUAGGCAGAAACAAAAGUGAUUUAACACCUCCUUAGGACUGCUGGUGGGCAGUCUUAUUUAAUAUACCAGGGGGUAUGGACAUAUCAUUGUCCACCCCCAAAUUGUCACAUAUUCCACCCUAGGAAGCUAGGGGUCCCCAAUUCCUUAAUUACCUUCCACCCCCAAAAUAAAAGUACCCUACCUAGUUAGGGAGGCACAAUUAAUCUUGGCCCUGUUAAAAAUUAUAUAUGUAUAUACAGAUACAUUUACCAACAGACGUAUUCUUUCUUCUUAAAACUUAAAAAAAUUGAAAGAAAAUAGAGCAAAUAAAAAAACCAUAAACUUUGAAAAUGAUAGAAAAAAACAUUAAUGGAAAGUCUUUGACAUUAAGAGGAGAACAUAAGAAAACAUAAGAAAUUCUGUCUUCCAACUGUCUUUUAGUCAUUCCUUGAUCUUCUGAGCUAUUUGGAGAAAAUGGAAACUAUCACUACAGAUGAUCUUACCGCUCUUGAAAAUGCCCUUAGCAAAGUUUCUCCAGAUUCGCUGAAAAUAAUUGGAAGAUAUAAAAAAGAAAAAGGUACACGUUGUAUCAUUCUAGUGGGCAUAACUAUAAUUUUGUAGAGGUUUCUCAUUUCUUUUUUUUUUUCUUUUCUUUUUUUGUGAGGUUUCUCAUAAAUGCUUUGUUUAAAGGACCACUCUAGUUUCAGAGAAACUGCUAUAAUUAUGAAUGGGUUAAGCCUUCCCCCAUUCCCUCUAGCGGCUGUCUCAUUGACAGCCACUAGAGGCGCUUGCGUGCUUCUCACUGUGAUUUUCACAGUGAGAGCACGCCAGCGUCCAUAGGAAAGCAUUAUGAAUGCUUUCCUAUGUGACCGGCUGAAUGCACGCGCAGCUCUUGACGCGCGUGCGCAUUCAGCCGCAUGGGAGGAGAAGAGGAGGAUCGGAGGAGGAGAGCUCCCCGCCCAGCGCUGGAAAAAGGUAAGUUUUUACCCCUUUCCCCCUUCCUGAGCCGGGCGGGAGGGGGACCCUGAGGGUGGGGGCACCCUCAGGGCACUAUAGUGCCAGGAAAACGAGUAUGUUUUCCUGGCACUAUAGUGGUCCUUUGAGUAUUCUCCCUCUUUGGAUGUUGUAGUUUUACAACCUGUAUUUUAAAUGGCCUUUUAUAUAAUAGUGGCACUAGCACUUCAACACAAACCUCCCUUGGAUGACUGUGGCCCAACCUUUCACUCAACAUAGAGUUAUUGUGAAAUAUACAUUUUCUCAUUAAUAAUAUCCGCCCCACUCAUAUGCUGCUGGCAUUCACUGGGCGAAGGCAUUAGCUGAUUCUCUACAAAUUGUCUUCCAAGGGUAAGAGAGAGUAUCAAAUGGGAAAUGUAGUCAGCUAGCUCAUUACCAUAAUCCCUCUGCCAUUAAUCCCAUUUAAUUAUUAUAGAAUUACAUUUGUUAAAGCAAUUGAGGAAAAUAUUUAUAUCUACACCUUGGACAUGGUAACAUUGCUUCUGAAAGCUGAAAAAGACAUGUUUAGAGGUGGAUAUCUGUUCAGAAAAAUUAUUGCAUUUUUUUAUUGUUAUUAUUUUAUGUUCAUCAUUUAUUCAUAAUUUUUUUAAACUUUUUUAAAGGAUCACUAUAGGGUCAGGAACACAAACAUGUAUUCCUUACCCUAUAGUGCUAAACCCACCAUUUAGGUGGCUUGCCACCCUAUAAAAGUAUAAAACUCACCUUAUUUCCAGCACCGUGCUGAUCCGCCGGCGCUGGCUCCACCCCCUUUGUGACAUCAUCAAAAUGGCCGAUUAUUAGCCAGUCCAAUGCUUUCCCAUAGGGAAAGCAUUGGAUUGGCUAAAAUCGGCACGGGGCAGGGCCAAAUGCUGUUUUGUCCAAUCAGGACCUCCUCAUAGAGAUGCAUUGAAUCAAUGCAUAUCUUUGAGGAAAAUCAGUGUCUCCAUGCAGAGCGUGGGGACGCUGAAUGGCAGGGCAGCACUGAGCCAGGAAGCACCUCUAGUGGCCAUCUAAGGAGUGGCCACUUGGAGGUGUCCCUAGGGGAAAUGUAAACACUGCCUUUUCUAUGAAAAGGCAGUGUUUACAUGAAAAUGCCUGAAGGGAGCUGUUAUACUCACCAGAACAACUACAUUAACCUGUAGUUUUGGUGACUAUAAUGUCCCUUUAAUGUUAUUCCUUAUAAUGAUUUUUUUUUUUUUUUUUUUUUAAAGUAGGUGAGAACAGAAUUAUGAUAUGUUGGUGUUCAAAUUAAAUCUUAAAGCCAUUUUAAUGCAUAUUCAUAGUUUGCUGUUCCUAAGGUGAAUUGUUUUCCUCAACAGCCCAGCAAGUUGAAGACCAGACGCACAACACGAAUAUAAUGUCACCUACUGAGUCUUUAGAGUAUGAAGGUGAACCAGAAGACUUGCAAAAACCACCAAUUUCCAUUCAGGUAACCUGGUUAAUCUGGCUUUAGAUCAGGCUGUAGUCUCAAGGCAAGGAAAUAGAUAAAUAAAGAAAAUAAUGUGCCAGUUGGUAAAGGGCAAAAAAAGUUUUAAGGGAUUAAAAACAAGCAUUAAAAGAGGGUUUAUGUAUUAAAUAAUGAAUGAUGGUAACUUAAAAAAUAAUUGCAAAAGGAAAACCAAACUAUCCGAUUUGGAGAAAUUGCUAAUUAUCAAAAUUAAUCUAGUUCAGCCUAUUUUUUUUAGUAAUUCAGGUUUUAAUUCACCACAGUUCACUGUCUAAUAAAUUCACCUCCUAAUAAUCUAGAAAAACUCCCAACUCUAUCAAUCGUGUUUAGCAUUUUCUUCUAAACAAUAUUUUCUGUUUCUAAUGCAGGUUAUGUCCCAAGAUCCAAAAGAAGAAGAAGAGCCACACAAUGGUACGUUUUUAUCGAAACCACUUAUUCAUUUGUCAGCAUCAAUACGUUCUGUUUUUUUUUUUUAUAUGUUUAUGAUUUAUUGUGUAAGAAAAUAAAGCGUCCAACCACUGUAGAUAGCAUUUGCUUUAAUAGGGAAAAGGGAUACAGAGUGAUAAAAUUUCCACCAAACAAUGUGGUCGUUAUCAAAUCAAAAUUUAUCAAAGAUUUCAUAAAGACCACGUUGUCUGGUGGAAACAUUAUCAGUAUGUAUCAAACUUUUUUAUUACAGCCAGCAAAUGCUAUCUAAAGUCUUGAGAUCCCUUAUUUUCUUGUUUUAUCUACAAAGGGUUUGGCCACUCUGGGUCCAUUGUUGCACCAGUGGGAUUUUCAGUCCCUAUACCGUGGUCAAAUGUCUUCCUAUGAAAUAUGAGAUAUAUUGAGUUAAUGUGAUUCCAGGUGCUUUAUUUCACGUAUACCAACGUUUGUAUCUGUUUAAACAAGGUUACAGGUUGGUUUUUACAUAUAAAAAUACAGCUACACACCCACUGACACACAUAUAGAUGCACACAGACAGGCACACAUAUAGACAGACAAAAAUACAGAUACACACUAACAGACAUACAGAUACACAACACACUGACAUACAUAUAGAUGCAGACACACAGAUGCACAGACAGACAUACAUAGACAGAUUAUUUUGUGCAAAACCAUGAAUUGAUGGGCAAACUCAGAUUCCCCAUUGUUUUAAAAGGGAAUUGUGUACUUCCAUUUACCCAGGAAGUGUUGAUUGAAUAUAUAGUUCAGUACUUGACAGCAACACAAUAUACAACACACACUGACAGACAGAUGCACACUGACAGACAGACAUACACACACACACACACAUUGAGAGACAUGCAGAUAUACACACACACACUGACAGACACACAUACAGACAGACAUACAGAUACACACACUGACAGACAUACAGCUCAAGUCUCUCUGGGAGGAAGUGAUCACCUGCCACUUCCUCCCAGGCUGCCAGUAAGUGAGGGGCUCUGUUAAAGGCCACAGUGCCAGACCAGGCUCAUGCUAACCCAUGCCCACUGUGUGACCAAAAACGCGAGGAAAGGGGGCAUAGUGAAGAGGCAGUGUUAUCUUGCAGAAAGCUACAAAAAUCCAGCUUGAAAAUAUGACCAAAACCUAUUUACUGCACCUAGGUUGAAGUCCAGAAUGCCUGGAGUGGAGUGUCUCUUUAAAUUCAAUGAACCCAGUGGCUUCACUGGCAGACAAUUGCCUUUUCUUACGCUGUACAUUAUGACUAACUGCACUGGUGAUGUGCUUUCCUCAUUUUAGGCACACGGAAAGGGAGUGUGGGAGAGCUGGUCCAAGUAAUACAUGGCGAAGCACAAAAAGACGGUAUUUAUUAUUAUUAUAUUUGAAAAGUAUUUGGUACCUCUGUUUCUCUAAAACCUGUGUAAUAUAUGUUUACAUAUUUUCUGUACAUUUUCUGUUUACACUUUCUCAUGUAAAUGUAUGGCUGUGGACACGACUGUGAUAAUUCAGCUAGUCAGUCCUCAUGUAAAUGUAUGGCAGAAGCUUUCAAAUGCGACAUUAAGCACAUGCCCAUUAGAUGUGUGAUGUCACGUGUGCAUGUGUGUGACGUUAGGUGCACAGUUAGAUUACCUAUAGAAAAUAACUUUAAAAUCGGUAGCAGUACUAUGAAAGCGAUCUUGGUGGUACUAUGUGAGGGAGUGCUAUAAUAUUUCCCCUCCUUUUUAAUUUAUAAAUAGAUGCUGAAGGAGGAGCUAUUUGAAGAUUAUUUUUGUGCAAAACCAUGAAUUGAUGGGCAAACUCAGAUUCCCCAUUGUUUUUAAAGGGAAUUGUGCAAUGCCAUAUACACAGGAAGUGUUGAUUGAAUAUAUAGUUCAUUACUGGAUUCAUCAUAUAAAUGGAGCUACCUUAGUUUUAUGAAGGAAGCUAUAGACAGGUGAAAAUUGCUACCGUGAUUUUAUGAAUGGAGCUAUAGAUUCAACCACGCAAUUGCACAUUUUCCUUCAUAGAAAAUUGCAAAGGAGAACUUUAGAGAAAGUGGGGACUUGGCGGGCGGCCGUAAAAGUGCAGCAAUUUUGCAAAUUGCUACUGUUGUAAAGCAUCACUAGUUUACUACUCUAAAACACUCAUAUUUGUGUUCAGUAAUGUCUCACAGGUACAACAGUACCCCCCAUAUCCAGGUUUCAUUGUGUUUUGGAAAGUUACAGGUUCAAAUAUAAGACUUGCUCAUUUCUGAUUUUGCACGUUAUGAGAAGAGGCUUGAAAAAGUAGACAACCCAGGAUAUUCAAAAUUGGAUAUGUCCAGUCUUUUUUAGUAGCUACUUAGUCACAAACGCUGGCCAAAGUUACCUUUCAUAUUAGUGUUUUGCAUUUUUUACACAAAAACUGCACUUUCACUGAUGAUACUGUUGUGAUACGUUUUACUGUUUUUAAAAAACUAAUAUUUGUGUUCAACGAAGUCUCCAGAGUACAACAGUACCCCCAUGUACAGGUCUUAUGGUGUUUUAGAAAGUUACAGUGUUAAAUAUAGGGAUUGCAAAUCAAAUUCCCUGGAUUGGGCUGUCAGACAGGUCCCUCAAAUUUUAAUUAAUAUGAUCACGUAAUUAUGUAAAAAGAAUGAAUAUAUAUAUAUAUAUAUACGUAUAAUUUAAAUAUAGAUACAUGUAGAUCUAUUUAAAUUCUACAUGUAUAUUUAUGUAUAUGUAAACGGCAAAGGGCCGCUAAGACACUCAUUGAGAGACAUACACACACAUUCACUGACAGACACAAACUCACACAAUGACGCACACACACACACACACACACACACUCACUGACACACACACACUCACUCAUUGACAGACACAUACACACACAUUCACUGACACACAUACAUUCACUGACACAUUUACUCACCAUCACUGUCACACUCACAUUCACUGACACACACUCACAUUCACUGACACACACUCACUGACAGACACUCACUCAAAUUCACUGACGCAAACACACAUUUUCCCUCAACACUCUCAAUUAUUAUUAUUUUUUUAAAUUUAAAUCCACCCAGCUUUUGGGAGAGCUGUGUGGAUUUUUCACCUAGGGUCUAGUGGGUCUGCUGGGCGGGCGGGCGUGCAGGUGUGAUCUCCCUGCUCAGCUCCCUCGCGCGCCGCAGAGUGAUGCCGGGAGCCGAACUGACAUCAUAGUCUGGCUUCCGGCAUCACUGCGGGUUGUGCGAGGGAGCUGAGCAGGAGAGCUCAGGGGAAAGUGAUGCCUUGCGGCCCGCCCGCGAAACAACUGGCUGCCUGUUUUUCAUUGCUCCAAAAAAUAAAUAAAUAAAAACACCAUUCACAAUUUAGCCAGCUCUUGAGCCCCCAUAAAACGAGGCAAACAAGGCAUUAGCCUGGGCAUUUGGGGGUGGCGUUUUUGCCUUGUUUUUUGCCUUGUUUGCCUCGCGGUAGACAAUAGCAAGGGCUAAUGGGAGAUUGAGGAGGAACAGGGCAGCUAGUUUAAACUGGCAGUGUCCUGGGGAAACAAUAGGAUAGAAAAAAGGGGGAGGGAUAAAGACACAUACAACCUGGACAAAUAAUACAUUCAACAUACCCUGCACCAAUAAUGUGCACAGGGUGACCAAAAUACAAGAGGAAUCUGGGGACCUACAUAUAGUGUCUGUCUUCCAUCCCCAGUGAUGGUGACUGCUGUCACACUCGGUACGAAUAUACUGCACACCUCAGUGCUAUUUUAUAUUUCAUGACUGCCAAGCACAGGAGUAGGUUGAUCACUAAACUUUAGCUGAGAGAUGACCUACUGAUAACUAGAAGUGUCACUGUGACAUCUGCACCCACCUUAUGUUAUUCACACUUUUGUUUUAUUUUGACCUGUUUUCUUUAUCAUUUUAAUUUACUUAUGUCUACAAUAGCCUUCUGACAAUAUGCCUCUUCCCAAAGGAGAUUAUAUAUCCUUCUUCAGUGUUGGCCACCUGGGGUUAGAUAAAACACAGAGGCAACUUUGCCUGCAGUCGCUAACCUUCCACAUGUUACUCAUUUUUGCUAUUCUGUAGCAAAGCCAUAUAUAUAUUUCCAUCGAUCUUUUUCCUGUUCUCUCAAUCUAGUCAGUUUACCUGACUGAACAAAUAAUUCUUAAUUCUAUUUUAACCCUGACUGGCAAACCACACUACAUUGUCUUAUUUCCUUUAAAAAAAAAUGUGCUUCAUUCCUGGCAUGUCUUGUGUUUCCAAUGUAAAGUAAUAUCGCAUGUUAUUGGGAAGACUAGAUGGGCCGAAUGGUUCUUAUCUGCCAUCACAUUCUAUGUUUCUAUGUUCCAAUGUACAGUGAGAGAAAAAAAAAAUUUGAUACCCUGCUGAUUUUGAACAUUUGCCACUGACAAAGAAAUUAUCAGUCUAUAAUUUUAAUGGUAGGUGUAUUUUAACAGUGACAGACAGAAUGACAAAAAAAAAAAAUCAAGAAAAACGCAUGUCAAAAAAGUUAUCAAUUGAUUUGCAUGUCAGUGAGUGAAAUAAGUAUUUGAUCCCCUAUCAAACAACAAGAUUUCUGGCUCCCAGGUAUCUUUUACACAGGUAACAAGCUGAGAUUAGGAGCACUCUCUUAAAGGGAGUGCUCCUAAUCUCAGCUCGUUACGUGUAUAAAGGGCACCUGUCCACAGAAGCAAUCAAUCAAUCAGAUUCCAAACUCUCCACCAUGGCCAAGACCAAAGAGCUGUCCAAGCAUGUCAGAGACAAGAUUGUAGACCUACACAAGGCUGGAAUGGGCUACAAGACCAUCACCAAGCAGCUUGGUGAGAAGGUGACAACAGUUGGUGCGAUAUGAUAUGAACAAAUGGAAGAAACACAUAAUAACUGUCAGUCUCCCUCGAUCUGGUGCUCCAUGCAAGAUCUCACCUUGUGGAGUUUCAAUGAUCAUGGUUUAGGAAUCAGCCUUGAACUACACGGGAGGAUCUUGUGAAUGAUCUCAAGGCAGCUGGGACCAUAGUCACCAAGAAAAUAAUCGGUAACACACUACGCUAUGAAGAAAUGAAAUCCUGCAUCACCCGCAAUGUCCCCCUGCUCAAGAAAGCACAUGUACAUGCCCGUCUGAAGUUUGUCAAUGAAAAUCUGAAUGAUUCAGAGGAGAACUGGGUGAAAGUCUUGUGGUCAGAUGAGACCAAAAUCAAGCUAUUUGACAUCAACUCAACACGCCGUGUUUGGAGGAGAAGGUGUGCUGCAUAUGACCCCAAGAACACCAUCCCCACCGUCAAAGAAGGAGGUGGAAACAUUAUGCUUUGUGGGGUGUUUUUCUGCUAAGGGGACAGGACAACUGCACCGCAUCAAAGGGACGAUGGAAAUCUUGGGUGAGAACCUCUUUCCCUCCGCCAGGGCAUUAAAAAAGGAGUUGUGGGGGGCGGGGCCGGGUGGCCAUGCCAGAAGGCUGCAAGUCACGAGGGCUCCUGAGGAAACAAACUAUUUUCGAUUGAAUACCCACCUUAUCCUGCUUGUACCACCCUGGGGGUCCAUUACACAUGGCUCUGGAGUGUCCCGGUGUAGCUGGAGUGCCUGAUAUCGGGUGGUUCUGGGUCCUGGUGAGAGACUCUGAGGCUUGGGGAUUGAGGCCUACCCGGUAGGAGAGUGGGGCAGACAGCCUCUGCCUCGCUUUCCGUCCUGACCGAAGCAAACUACCACUUACCUGGUGCCUUCUUGGUCCCAUUCACCCCCCCUUUGGAUCGGCGCAGGUUAUCCUGGUCCCCACCAGGCACGCUACCACCUUUACAUCUCACCUGGGUGGCUCAGCGCGGGGGUGAAAGGCUCCCACUCGGUCUCAUUAAAAUGGCCGAGGGCAGCGCAGCAACCCCACUGGCUGAGAAGGAGAACCCUGUGUGGCAUACUAGUGCGGUGCUCAUAAAUCACACAGCCAGAGUUGACACAGCGGGAGUUCCUUGCAGGCUCUCAACCUCCCAUGUGAACACUCCUGGAACAUGCCCGACAGCAGGCAAGAACCAUAGCAGCCUCCAGGUAUUACACCUACCCAUACCGCAGCGGCAGUCUCCUGGAGCGAACUCGGGGCUUACUCUGACUGAACACGCCUCACCAACAAUCAGUAAGCCUGCACCAGUGGCCUAUAUUGGGAGAGCACCCAAAGUCAUCGUCCCCAUGCACCAACCUCACUGUGAUGCUGCCCGCACCAGAGUGCUAAGGCUUGCAAGACACCGUGCCCAAACUCACCCAGCAACCGGGAAGCUUGUUGACAGAGGUCGGCGGACACUGCACCACACGGCGGGACUAUGGGACUCAGUGGACCUCUUGAGGUACCCUACAGGGACUCUCCCCAGGCCUAGGAAUGGGCUGCGUUUCCCCUGACUCUUACUUUUCGCUCUGCCGGAGCUGACAGUCACCCCAGCCCUUUACGUUAAGACGCACACCAUAUGCUGUGCCACUUAUAGCCUCAUCAGAUGUUGCUGUAGCUGCAGUCAUUGAUAAGCAAGUUAAGUUUCCUACCUAUUGAUGGAGACAGCCCAGUAUGUGAUAUUCUGCCUGGUGGUACCUUUAUCUUUUUAAUAAUAAUCUUGGUUAAGCUAGAGACCUUUCAAUCUAACGCAAAUGUCAGUAUGUAACUCAGAAUAGGUCCCUCAUCUGCCAUAACUAGUAACUGACACGUGGUGUAACUUUUGAUGCAACUACUUUACCUUAAAAUAUAAAAUGUGCUAUGCCCUCAUAUGCCGAACAAUUACUGUUAAAUGUUGAAUGACAUACUGGCAAAAGCUGUUGUGGCAUUGCUUGCCUCACUGUAUUUUUUGUGCACAAUAAAAUAAAGAAUAAAAAAAAAAGGAUUCAUGGAUGGGUAUUCCAGCAUGACAAUGCCCCAAAACACACAGCCAAGGCAACAAAGGAGUUGCUCAAGAAGAAGCACAUUACGCCCUGGAGUGACCUAGCCAGUCUCCAGACCUUAAUCCCAUAGCAAAUCUGUGGAGGGUGCUGAAGGUUUGAGUUGCCAAAGGUCAGCCUCGAAACCUUAAUGACUUGGAGAGGAUCUGCAAAGAGGAGUGGUGCUUAGACAGCUCUUUGGUCUUGGCCAUGGUGGAGCGUUUGGAAUCUGAUUGAUUGCUUCUGUGGACAGGUGUAUUUUAUACAGGUAACAAGCUGAGAUUAGGAGCACUCCCUUUAAGAGAGUGCUCCUAAUCUCCGCUCGUUACCUGUGUAAAAGAUACCUGGGAGCCAGAGAUCUUGUUGUUUGAUAGGGGAUCAAAUACUCAUUUCACUCAUUGACAUGCAAAUCAAUUGAUAACUUUUUUUUUUUUGUCAUUCUGUCUGUCACUGUUAAAAUACACCAACCAGUAAAAUUAUAGACUGAUCAUUUCUUUGUCAGUGUGCAAACAUUCAAAAUCAGCAGCGGAUCGCAUAGGAUACUCCAAUGAUCAUGUAGAAAGUAAAUUAUGAGCAUGUUGAAACCAAAAUAAAAAAAUGAUACAUUAUAAACAUAUUGAAACAAAAAUAAUGAAUUUGCUACAAAAGUAGUGGCCUCAAUGGAAUAAAGACUAUACAACUGUUGCAAUAAAAAUAUAAAACAACAUUUAGAUACAAUGUAUAUCUGCGCCAUAGGGCAAAAGUCAAUACACAAAAUAGGAAUGGUCAUGCUUUAUAAACUGUGGACAGAGGAAUUUCAAUAACAUGGAAAAUCAAUCAUCGUAACUGGUACUAUGUGGGAGUGAAUAUCUCAUUUCAUAUAAAGUAAGAAGAAAAAAGAGAAGAAAUCUCAUUCCAAUAAUAUACCCUUGCUGGCAAGGGAGGUGGAUUAAAUAUCUAUUACAGAAGCCAAAUAAAGAGAGUUUGUACCUCUCUCGUCACCAAAUAAAAAGACCAAGAAUGGUAGGAAUCAAGCAUGUAUGAGAAUCCAAAGGACUAGGAAAGUAUGAUAUUGUUGCGGCUCCCGACCCGCCGAGUGCCGCAGCCGUACCCGACCGGCACGGUCUCGCCAACACCACAAGCUUACCUGCUCGUUAGCGAGCCAGGAGCCGCUCAGCUGCCUUCUCUGGGCAUCGCGCCCAAAUCAAAGAUUGCGCAGACCAUGUGGUCGCGUCCAUCUUAAGCUCCGCCCCUCUAAUGAAUACAGACGUGCGCGUGACGUCACAAUGUCAGCGCGCACGUUCUGGGGUCAGAGGUCACCCUCUGACCAAUCAGAAGCCAGAGAGGGAUAUUUAAAUCCCUGAUUCAAUUUACUUCCUUGCCCUGUCGUGGUUUCCUGUUCCUGGUUCCUGAGAGUACGUUUAUCUUUGUGAAUUUGACUUCCUGGUAUCCUGAUCUUGGCUUUUCCCUGGUUAUUCUGAAUUCUGGUUCCCCUGACUUGGCUUGUGCAAACGGUAUUUGAGUAUUUCUGGCUUCCUUGACCUCGGCUUUCCCUUUGACUAUUCUCUAUCUCUAGCGUAUUAGUCCGGCCAUUCUAAGGUCCGGUUUACGCUCUGUCCUUUUAUUUUCCUUUCCUUUUGUAUGUAUAUAUUUACAUAGUUUCUGCGUGUUGGACCACACUAGCUGCCGUGACAGAUAUGAACACCUUUUAAAGCAAAAGUAUAAACCACCCAGAUCAUAAUGUUGGAGGAAAGGAGGGUAUACAGCUGUGUUGAUAAUUUAAAGAAAUACUGACUAGGAGACCUUUUCAUUAUGGCCUCUAGGCCACACUGUGUCCAGGGUCCUUAUCCAGAACACCUCCCUCUGUAGUUAAAGUUUUUUUGUGAUCACCUCCAAGUAAUAGCAGGGGGAUAUGGUCAAUUGCUAUCAAUUUUAAAGAGGGAAGUGAAUGACCCAUUGCUAAAAAGUGUUUAGCUACUGGGAGUUCCACUUUGUUGUCACUUAAAGCUGUUCUUAUACUGGAUCUAUGGUUUCUCAUCCGUUCCCACAGGGGUAAGUCAGUCUUCCCAACAUAAGAUAGUCCGCAGGGACACUGGAGUUUGUAAACAACAAAGUCCGACGUACACGUAAGUCUGUGUCUUAUCUUGUAUUGUUUACCAUUGUGUGGAUGUGUAAAGUUCUUACUUGGGAUCAUAUAGCUACAGGUGACACACCCAAGGCACCUGUAGCAUCCUGUGUUAGCCGUAUCUUGUUCUACAGAAUAGCAGUGCACAGUAUCCGACUUGACCAAGAGGUCUCGUAAUCUUUUACCGCGCAAAUAACAAAUCAUUGGUGGAUGCUUACAUUUCGCUGGUAGUGUGGGGUCGUUUGAUAGAAUGCGCCAGCUUGAGCUCACAGAAGCCUUGAUUUUUGGUGAUAGUGUGGUAAACGUAAUGGGAAAUACCAAUCAAGGGGCAUUGGUCUAUUUUAAUUUCGUGGUGUCAUGACAUUUGUUCCAUGCCUUUUGUAGUACUCGAUCACUGUAACCUCAUUCUUUAAAUUUAUUUCACAUUCACCUAUCUGUGUUUGUGCUUUCUGUUGUUAGAAAUUGUUCCUAAGUACUUGUAAAAAUUGUGAGUAAUAAUAUUUUAGCGAUUACAUGGUCCAAGAGGGCCUGAUUUGCCAGAGGGGGACUGCCUUGGUUAUCAGACAGACCCCCGACUGGCCGGCGGCCCCUGAGCUCAAAGCCGUUACUGUGGUGCAGCAGUGCUUUAAAGCCCACUAAAAUGCAGACAGCAUAGAACGCUGCAAUGAUGUUAAAGAGUUAAUCUGUGAACCAAAUGGCAGGAAAAUGCUUUUAUUAUGUAUAUAUUUUACAGCACACUGCUUGGCCUAUUUACAAGUCUUUUUGGUUUCUUCUCCUGAAUCAGAAUCUGCAGUGACAUUGAACUGAGCUGAACCAAUAUCUGACAGAAUUUCAGCUGUUCUAAAAAUGUGCUAUCUUUAAAAUAGAAAUUAUUCCACAGAGCCGAAAUUCCUUACUGUGCAAAAAUCAAAUUUUUUCAAGUGUGUAUUUGGAUCUUCUAGCUUUUGUUCUCUUCUCUUAUUUAUGCUGUUAAGCCUGAUCACACUAUUUAAACUGUGCUUUUUUUCUGAUUUGCAGAUGACCAUGCUGGAAACAUUGAAAAUCAAGUUGGCAUGCUUAGCCUUAAUGAUGAGCAAACACGUAAAAACUUAGAGGUUAGUUAAAGUAUGUCUCAAGUUCAAUGUGUAAACUAAACACUUUUGGAAUAGAUUUGUUUCUUUCCAUUGAAAUAUGGUGACAACAUAUAUACAGUCACGGGGAAAAUAAUUGGUUACUUAUCAGGACAUAAUAACAAUCAUCUGUUCCUUAGCAGGUCAAAAUUUGGUAAAUACUACUUCAGAUGAACAACAACACAUGACAUAUUACACUGUAUCAUGACUUUAACAAAAAUAAAGCCAAAAUGGAGUAUCCAUGUGUGAAAAACUAAGUGCCCCCUUACUGCUUCCAUAUGAAUUAAGAGGCUAAGUAGCAAAAAGGUGCUGCUAAUCAACCUUCCUCGAUUAAUUGAUCAUCAGCAAGUUUGAUCAUCUCUAGAAAAGCAGAAAUUUUAGCAGUUUGCUGGUCUGGAGCAUUCAGGUAUGUGUUAAUACAGUGCCAAAGAAGGAACGACAUAAGCAAUGAUCUUAGAGAAACAAUUGUUGCUGCCCAUCAAACUGGGAAGGGUUAUUAAGCCAUUUCCAAACAAUUUGUUGGCGAAAACCAAACACAGUUUAUUAGCACAAACACCUCAUACCAACUGUCAAGCAGGGUGGUGGGGGGUGUUGAAUAGGGCUUGUUUUUCAGCCACAGGACCUGGGAACCUUGCAGUCAUUGAGUCGAUCAUAAACUCCUCUGUAUACCAAAAUAUUCUAGAGUUGAAUGUGAAGCCAUCUUUCCAAAAGCUAAAGUUUGGCCGAAAUUGAGUCAUGCUACAGGACAAGGAUACCAAGCACACCAGCAAAUCUACAACAGAGUGGCUGAAAAAGAAAAGAAUCAACGUGUUACAAUGGCCCAGUCAAAGUCCAGACCUCAACCCAAUUGAAAUGCCCUGGCGAGACCUUAAGGGAGCUGUACAUAAACAAAUGCUAGCAAACCUCAAUGAACUGAAGCAACAUUAUAGAUAAGAUUGGGCCAAAAUUCCUCCACAACAAUAUGAGAGACUGAUAAAGUCAUAGAGAAAAAUAUUUAAUUCAACUUAUUGCUGCUAAAGAUUGUUCUACAAGCUGUUGAAUUAUAAGGUGUACUUCGUUUUUCCAACAUGGCUUCUUCAUUUUGGCUUUAUUUUUCUUAAAUAAAUGACACGGUGUAAUAUGUCAUGUGUUGUUCAUCUAAGGUUGGAUAAGGAACAGAUGAUUGUUAUUUCCUGAUGUUAAACAAUGGGAUUUCAAAGAAGGCGUACUUUCUUUUUCCCAUUUCUAUAUAUAUAUAUAUAUAUACAGUAAUAUAUAGUUAAUACAAUGUUAAACAAAAAUCUGCACACCAGUUAAGCCAUAAGACUUGCUUUUCCCACAGAAAUCCCAAAUCUGCAGGGAUGUUACUGCAAAGGAUUCUGGGUGGGCAUAUGCAAAUUAUUUUAAAGGAACACUAUAGGGUCAGGAACACAAACAUGUAUUCCUGACCCUAUAGGGUUAAAACCACCAUCUAGCCACCCUGGUCCCAUUAUGUCUCCCUAAAUAUAGUAAAAUCUUACUUGUAUUCAAGUCUGCAGCUGCUCAUUUUGUCCCUGUACAUCAUCAGAAGUGGUAUCCUGAUCCAAUCACAAUGCUUCCCCAUAGGAUUGGCUGAGACUGACAAAGAGGCAGAUCAGGGGCAGAGCCAGCACAAUUCAAACACAGCCCUGGCCAAUCAGCAUCUCCUCAUAGAGAUGAAUUGAAUCAAUGCAUCUCUAUGAGGAAAGUUCAGUGUCUGCAUGCAGACGGAGGAGACACUGAAUGUUUGGAUGCACUUUAGGCAGCAAUGACCCAGGAAGGAUCUCUAACAGCCAUCUGAUGAGUGGCCAGUGAAGUUAUCACUAGGCUGUAAUGUAAACACUGCAUUUUCUCUGAAACAAGCAGUGUUUACAGCAAAAAGCCUGAAGGUAAUGAUUGUACUCACCAGAACAAAUUCAACAAGCUGUAGUUGUUCUGGUGAAUAUAGUGUCCCUUUAACAAAGAAUCAAAAUUUUGCCUCAUUCCAUUUUAAAAAUGGAUUCCUUUGAGUCUGUGUUUGCUGUAUACAACAGCUUUGAAACAACUUAUAUAUAAUAUAUUUAUAUUUACAUAUACAGUAUCUCACAAAAGUGAGUACACCCCUCACAUUUUUGUAAAUAUUUUAUUAUAUCUUUUCAUGUGACAACACUGAAGAAAUGACACUCUGCUACAAUGUAAAGCCUGUGUAAAUUUGCUGUCCCCUCAAAAUAACUCAACACACAGCCAUUAAUGUCUAAACCGUUGGCAACAAAAGUGAGUUCACCCCUAAAUGGAAAUGUCCAAAUUGGACCCAAAUUGUCAAUAUUUUGUGUGACCACCAUUAUUUUCCAUUGCCUUAACCCUCAUGGGCAUGGAGUUCACCAGAGUUUCACAGGUUGCCAUUGGAGUCCUCUUCCACUCCUCCAUGAUGACAUCAUGGAGCUGCUGCAUGUUAACGACCUUGCGAUCCCUCACCUUCCGUUUGAGGAUGCCCAACAGAUGCUCAAUAGGGUUUGGGUCUGGAGACAUGCUGGGCCAGUCCAUCACCUUUACCUUCAGCUUCUUUAGCAGGGCAGUGGUCAUCUUAGGGUUGUGUUUUGGUUUCGUUAUCAUGUUGGAAUACUGCCCUGCGGCUCAGUGUCCGAAGGGAAGGGGUCAUGCUCUGCUUCAGUAUGUCACAGUACAUGUUGGCAUUCAUGGUUCCCUCAAUGAACUGUAGCUCCCCAGUGCUGGCAGCAAUAAAGCAGGCCCAUACCAUAACACUCCCACCACAAUGCUUGACUGUAGGCAAGACACACUUGUCUUUGUACUCCUCACCUGGUUGCCACCACACACACUUGACACCAUCUGAACAAAAUAAGUUCAUCUUGGUCUCAGCAGACCACAGGACAUGGUUCCAGUAAUCCAUGUCUGCUUGUCUUCCGCAAACUGUUUGCGGGCUUUUUCAUGUGCAUCAUCUUUAGAAGAGGCUUCCUUCUGGGACGACAGCCGUGCAGACCAAUUUGAAUCAGUGUGCGGCAUAUGGUCUGAGCAUUGACAGGAUGACCCCCCUAACCCUUCAACCUCUGCAGCAUAGCCGUCCAUGUCAGUGCCAGCAGGGGAAGUGCCUGUAAUGACAGAUACUCCCUCUGCUGCCUGAAAAUAGUAAAAAAGAUGUUAAAGUUACAGUUUAAAAUAAAAUAUAUACGUAGAUCAUAUAUAUAUUUAUUAUAUAUAUAUAUGAUCUAAGUAUAUAUAUAUAUACAUAUAUAUAUAUAUAUAUAUAUAUACAUAUAUAUAUAUAUAGUCUUGAAAAAAGUCCCUAGUGGACUGAAACGUCGACACUAUGUAAUCAACUUUUGAAGCUUGAAUAAAUGGCACAUUUUUGGCAACAGUAUCGAGUCCUGUGAGUGCACUUCCAACAAGGUAUUUUAUAUUUUGAGGUCGGAGUGGCACCUAGGCAAUAAACAAGAUUGGGAGCAGGAGUGCGGGACCCCGUGGGAAUUAUAUAUAUACAUACAUACACAUACCCUGUCUAAGUGUAUUAAUAUAUAUAUAUGAUUAAAUAAAUUCAUAUCAAAAUACAUGCACAAUGAUAUUGAUUAAAUAUAUAUAUAAUUUUCAUUAUAUAUAAUAUAAAAUAAAUAUGUAAAUACAUAUUAAUAUAUGUGUAAAUUAAUAUAUAUAUUGAUAUCAAAAUACAUGUAGAAAUAUAUAUACGUAUAUACAGGGCCGGAUUAAGAGCAUAGUGGGCCUGGUGCUGACAAUUAUGAUGGGCCUAAUUACGGAAUCUUAUCGACCAAAACACUAAAACAAUCAUACCUCCCAAGCGUCAUGUAUCUGAUGGAGAUGGUGCUGGAGGGAAACUCAUAGGAUGCAGCUAUAAGAAAACACAUACUCUAUGCUAAUUUAUCUCUAAUUUAUGCUUUCAUCUUUCAAGUAAAUCCAUAACCCCUAACAGCAGUGUCCAGUGAAGCAGGAAGUCAAUGGGCGGGGUAAAAGAGUGUGCCACUGGUGCGAAUCACGUGACAAGACCUGCCAAAAGGGGUGAACAUGCCCAAAAAGGGGGCAUGUUUGUCCAAAGAAUUGGAAGGUCAGCCUGGCAUGAAUGCAUGUCAGGCUGCCUGCCAAUCCUGCAGGCUGUCCAACUAAGGGCAUACUAUGCAGGCAGCACCUUGAGCUUGACAUAAAUGCGUCUAAUGAUGCGCUCACUCCAUUCUUUCUAAGGACUGUCCCCUAGCACUCGCUGGUCCACUUGUCUCCUUACCUUCUUACUAGCAGGCAGAAGUUCCUGGUAUAGUCUGAGACAGAGAAAAUGUGUCUGUAGUGAGUGUAGAAGAAAGGGGACAUGCCACAGUGUUAGAGAGACCAACGUCUGCAUUACCUAAACUAACUUUAAUGUCAGCCAGUGCACACAAGUUUUGUUCCCAUACAUCCCUCUUAAGCUUCCAAACUUAAAGGGACACUAUAGUCACCAGAACAACUACAGCUUAUUGUAUUUGUUCUGGUAAGUAGAAUCAUUCCAUUCAGGCUUUUUGCAGUAAACACUGUCUUUUCAGAGAAAAUAACUCCACUGGCCGCUCCUUAGAUGGCUGCUAGAGGUGCUUCCUGGGGCAGUACUGCCUAGUGUGCAGCACUGCCAUUCAGUGUCUCCACCCUCUGCAUGCAGACACUGAACUUUCCUCAUAGAGAUGCAUUGAUUCAAUUUAUCUUUAUGAGGAGAUGCUGAUUGGCCAGGGCUAUGUUGGACUUGUGCUGGCUCUGCCCCUGAUCUGCCUAGUUGACAGUCUCAGCCAAUCCUAUGGGGAAGUAUUGUAAUUUGCUCAGACCACCACUUCUGAGCCAGCAGCUGCAGAAUUGAAUGCAAGUAAUAUUUUACUAUAUUUAGGGAGACAAGAAGGGGCCAGGGUGGUGGUUUUAACAUAAUAGGGUAAGAAAUACAUGAUUGUGUUCCUGACACUAUAGUGCUCCUUUAAGCAAGAGUAUGUGAAGAGUAGUUAAGGUUGCCACCUUUCUUGGAAAAAAAUACCAGCCUUAAUCAUUUGUAUAAUUAAUUAGUUAUGCGUGACAUCACAUGAUGUAAAUCACAAGGAGUGACAUCAGAGAAAAUUCUGUAAAAUCACCAACAAACUACUCACAGUUUGAUUCUGCUGUAUAGAUGGAUUGCUCCCAGUGUCUCACUGUCUCCCAGUGUCUCAGUCUCGCAAGUCACCCUGUGUCUCAGUGUCCCUAUGUAUCACAGUGUCAGUGUCCUCAUCUCGCCCAGUCCCCUAGUCUCCCAGUGUCUGUGUCCCCAUUUCUCCCAGUGUCCCAAUGUUUCAGUGUGUCCCCAUGUCACUAGGAUACUGGGGACACUGAGAGACCCGGGGACACAGAGACAUGGAGACACUGGGAGACAUGGGGACACUGAGACAUUUAGGGAAACUGGGAGAAAUGGGGACACUGAGACACUAGGGACACAGACACUGGGAGACAUGGGGACACUGAAACAUUUGGGGACACUAAGACACUAGGGACAAAGACAUGGGAACACAGACAUUGGGAGACUAGGGACCACUGGCUGGGAGACAGACACUUGGGGACACUGGGAGACAUGGGGACAGUUGUGGACAUAGACAUGUGGACACUGGGACAUAUAGGGACACUGGGAGACAUGGGGACACCAGGCACACUAAGACAAUAAGAACACAGACACUGGGAGACAUGGAGACACUGAAACAUUUGGGGACACUAAGACACUAGGGACACAGACACUGGGAGACUAGGGGACACUGGGAGAUUAGGGGAUACUGGGAGACUAGGGGACACUGGCUGGGAGACAGACACUUGGGGAGACAUGGGGACAGUUGUGGACAUAGACAUGGGGACAUUGGGACACAUGGGGACACUAGGCACACUGAGAGACAUGGGACACAGACACUGGGAGACUUGGGGACACUGAGACCCUAGGGACACUGGCUGGGGGACAUAGUGUCUCCGUCUCCCAAUGUCUCCAAAUGUCCCUAUGUUUCACAGCGUCCCCAUGUGUCCCUAGUGUCUCAGUGUCCCCAUGUUUUCCAGUGUCCCCAAGUGUCUGUGUCCCCAGGUCUCACAGUGUCUGUGUCCCCAUGUGUCCUAGUGUCUCAGUGUCCCCUAGUGUCUGUGUUCCCAUGUGUCCCCUAGUGUCUGUGUCCCCUAGUGUCUGUGUCCCCAUGUGUCUCAGUGUCCCCAUGUUUUCCAGUGUCCCCAAGUGUCUCAGUGUUCCCAGGUCUCCGUGUCCCCUAGUGUCUCAGUGUCCCCAUAUGUCCCCUAGUGUCUCAGUGUCCCCAUGUGUCCCUGCUGCCUUUCCCCCCAUCCCUCACUUACCUGAGCUGUAGAGCUGCUGUGGGGACUCUCUUUGCUGUGUAGUUGCUCCCCCACGGAUCAGUGAGUAGUAGAGAGAGGCAGGGAUAUUCUGUAACUUCCUAUCCCUGCCUCUCUCCACACACAGUGACCCCUACUGGCCGGUGCUGGUAUUGCAGAGUAAUUUCCAUUUAUUCUGAGAAAAUUACCUGCAUUUGUAUUGCCGGUAUUACUGCAAUACCGGCACAGCCAGGCAGCCUCAAAUACCGGCUGUGCCAUUAAAAUACCAAUCAGGUGGCAAACCUAAGAGUAGUGUGUUAAAAAAAAUUUCUUUUUUUUUUUUAAAUGGGCCUAUUCCAUGGGCCUGGGCCUGGGCCUGGAGCUGCAGCUCCAUCAGCCCCUAUGUUAAUCCGGCCCUGCGUAUAUAUUACUAUAUAUAUACCUAUAAAUAAAAAUAAUUUAAAAAAAUUCUAUACAUAUACAUAUAUAUAUAUAUAUAUAUACACACACACGUAUAUAUACACACAUAUAUAUAAUAAUUCUACGUAUAUAUUUAUGUAAUCAUUUUACAUAAUUAGGUAAUUUUAUUAAUUACAAUUUGCGGGACCUGCCUGACAACCCAGGCCAAAAGUCCAGGGAAUUUAAUUUGCUAGCACUAUAUUUAACCCUGUAAUUUUCCAAGACACCAUAAAACCUGUACAUGGGGGGUACUGUUUUACUUAGUAGACUUCGCUGAACACAAAUAAUUAGUUUCAAAACAGUAAAAUGAUUAUAUUGUCAGUGAAAGUGAUAUUGUUUGCAUUUUUCACACACAAGUAGCACUUACACAGAUGAUAUAAUUGUUGUGACACAUUUUACUGUUUUGAAACACUAAUAUUUGUGUUCAGCGAAGUCUCCCGAGUAUAACAGUACCCCUCAUGUACAGGUUUUAUGUUGUUUUCAAAAGUUAGAGUCAAAUAUAAGGCUUGCGUUUCAUUUUUUUCACAUUGAAAUUCGCCAGGUUGGUUAUGCCACUUAGUCACAAACACUGGCCAAACUUGGCUUUCAAAUUAGUUUUUUGCAUUUUUCACACACAAACAAAUAUUAAUGCUAAAUUUGGCUAGUGUUUGUGACCAAGUGGCUACUUAAAAAGACUGGAUAUACCCCAUUUGCAAUACAUUGGGUUGUCUAUUAUUGCAAAUGGUAUGCCAUCAUGGAGGUAAUUCUUAUUCCUGGGCUACCAUACAGUCUCAAAGGCAACGUAACCAAUCUGGCGGAUUUCAAUGUGAAAAAAAUGAAAAAUUGAACAUGCUAUAUUUGACCCUGUAACUUCCCAAAACACCAUAAAACCUGUACAUAGGGGGUACUGUUUUACAUGUGAGACAUUGCUGAAUACAAAUAUGUGUAUUUUAUUGCAGUAAAAGCAAACAGUAUUAUGACAUUCACAGUUAAAAUGUCACGUAGAAAUAACUUUUUUUUUUAAAAUUCUUAUUUUCUCCCAUUUUUUUUAUAUUUUAUUCAUAUUAAAUUAUGUUUCAUACCUAAAUAAUUGAUGUUAAAUGAAAGCCCUGUUUCCCCUGAAUAAAAUGAUAUAUAAUAAGUGUGGGUGAAAGAGGCGAAUUACGCCUGAACAGACAUAUAGCGCAAAUUCAAGUUUUUGUUUACAUUUUGUUUUGAUCACAACGUGUACAUUUGGCUCAGUCCUUAAAGGACCACUCUAGGCACCCAGACCACUUCAGCUUAAUGAAGUGGUGUGGGUGCCAGGUCCAGCUAGGAUUAACACUUUUUUUUAUAAACAUAGCCGUUUCAGAGAAACGGCUAUGUUUAUAAUAGGGUUAAUCCAGCCUCCAAAUCCUCUAGUGGCUGUCUCAUUGACAGCCGCUAGAGGCGCUUGCUUGCUUCUCACUGUGAAAAUCACAGUGAGAAGACGCAAGCGUCCAUAGGAAAGCAUUGUAAAUGCUUUCUUAUGAGACCGGCUGAAUGCGCGCGCAGCUCCUGCCGCAGGGGAGGAGAGGAGGCAGAGAGGCGCUGGAAAAAAGGUAAGUCUUAACCCUUUCCUCUCCCCAGAGCCGGGCGGGAGGGUGUCCCUGAGGGUGGGGGCACCCUCAGGGCACUAUAGUGCCAGGAAAACGAGUAUGUUUUCCUGGCACUAUAGUGGUCCUUUAAGGGGUUAAUGGCUGUGUGUUGAGUUAUUUUGAGGGGACAGCAAAUUUAUACUGUUCUACAGGCUGUACACUUACUACUUUACAUUGUAGCAGAAUGUCAUUUGUUCAGUGUUGUCACAUGAAAAGAUAUAACAAAAUAUUUACAAAAAUGUGAGCGGUGUAUAUAUAUAUAUAUAUAUAUAUAUUACACAAGAUCCAUCGCACUCACCUAUCCACUAAACAGCAACUUCAAUGUUGACAAAUUUAGUUGUUUUUUAAAAACAAACCUAAUAAAAUCUGUGAACAUUGAAGUUGCUGUUUAGAGGAUAGGUGAGUGCCCUGGAUCUUGUGUAUUGUAUAAAUUGCCCACCAGCAGCACCCCAUUUAUGCAUGUUCAAGUGAGUGCAGCCCCCUGGUUUCAUAUAUAUAUCCAUCUUCAGCUUUUUGGCCUAAACUCUGUAAUUCUUAUGUCAGUUCUAAAAAAAAAAAAACAGUUUAGUGCAUAAAACCUGCAGGGAUAGUCAUAAAACCAGGAAUUUUCAAGAAUUGCAAAUUGUAGGCUACAUUAGCCAAACUGGAUACAUUGCUGAACUACACUUUUCCAACACCAAUAUUUGUAAUUCUCUGGUCACUUCCUGACAACUGCCAGUUUAGUUAAAGGAACACUAUAGGGUCAGGAACACAAACAUGUAUUCCUAAACCUAUAGUGUUAAAACCACCAUUUAGGUAGCUCCCCACCCCUCCUUCUUAGUACCCUUAGAAAGGGUUAAAACUUACCUUCUUUCCAGCACUGUGCGGGUCCAUCGGCGCUGGGCCCGCCCCCAAUCCGCCUCUUUGGCUGCAUCAAUAGAAAAUUGAUCUUAUCCGCCAAUCCAGUGCUUUUCCAUAGGGAAAAUAUUGGAUUAACUGAGAUCGUCAAGGAGGCAGGUUGGAGCUGGGAAAAAUGCCGGCCUGGCCUAUCAGCAUCUCCUAAUAGAGAUGCAUUGAAUCAAUGCUUUUCUAUGAGAAAAGUUCAGCCUCUGAACAGCACUGCUGCACCCUAUGCAGCACUGCCCCAGGAACCACCUCCAGUGGCCAUCUGAGGAGUGUCCCUAUGCUGUAAUGUAAACACUGCUUUUUCUCUGAAAAGAGUGUUUGCAUGAAAAUGACUGCAGGGAUUGACUAUACUCACCAAAACAACUACAAUGAGCUGUAGUUGUUCUAAUGAUUAUAAUGUCCCUUUAAUGAAACUGUAGUGUAUUGGCAGCCAAAUGGACACUGUAUUCCAAUUAACUAAAGUAUUGCAGGGAAAUAACAGGGUUCAUAAUAAUACUACCAUUACAUUUAAGCAUAAAUGUUUUGUUUUUUUCUAAACCCUAUAAAAAAAAGAGUAAUAUCUAUUUGCAUUUAAAGAGUAUAACAUCACAAUUUUAAAGGGACAUUAUAGUCAACAAAACUACUUUAGUUUAAUGAAGCAGUUUUAGUGUAUAGAUCAUAGAUCAUAUAGACCCUGCAGUCUCACUGCUCAAUUCUCUGCCAUUUAGGAGCAAUAUCACUUUAGUUUCUGUCCAUGCAACGCUAGCAACACCUACCCUGGCUGUGACACACAUGAGAAAAAGUUUAAUUUUUAAUCAGAUGUUAACUUAUUUUAGAAGGUUUUUUUUUUUUAAAUCUCCUGUGCUGUAAAUUGAACUUUCAUCACUUAAAGAAGCUUUCUGCAAGGUCUAACAUGCUAUCACCAGUACAGGAAAUACAUUCUAAAUUAAACCGAAUUUGCAAUAAAGGAAGUGUAAACUUUAGAUCUCAUUUUACAGGAAAUGUUUAGGAAGGCUGUGCAUGUUACUUGGAGGGAGGUCUGACUAGGGCUUCAUAAACACAUUCAUUUAACUUCUAAAUGACAGAGACUUGAGUAGGGACAUGAUCUAUACACACACUGUUUAAUUAAGCUAAAGUUGUUCUAGUGACUAUAAUGUCCCUUUAAGUACCUUUCCCACACAACACUUUGAGCAAAUAAUGUCUUCUUUGCAGCAAAGAAAGGAAAUGGUAGAGAGGCAUUAAGUGUAAUAUCCAGCAUGCAUCCAGCAUGCAUUCAACUGUAAUCUUGUUCUUGUAUCAAAGGUAAUUAACCUUAAUUAAAUGAUCACUACAAGGACCAUAAUCACUACAAGGCAUUUUUACAAUAGGUUGACUUCUUACUUGGGGUCUACCAGGUGCUGCUUCCUGUCUCCACUACAAUCUGUAGAGAGCUAUGAGCUCUCUGUCCGUGUUAAGCCCGGUGGUAUAGGGCUUUGCUCAUUGACUUAGUGUGAUCAGCUUAUGCACAGCACAGCUUAUCUCAGGAGAGCUAAUGGAAGCUCCUAAGCAGGAGUUUCAUGCUGUCUUUUGGCUGUAGUGGAGGCAUGGAGUGGUGCAUGUGGAUCCCGGUAUGAAGUCAAACUGUUUUAGCAUAGUUUGACCCCUUACCUAGGGUGUGUUUGGUGCUGCUUGCAAUUGGGAGAUGCCAGGGCAUCGUUAUUUUAUUUUUUUAAUUAUGAAAGAUUAAUUUUUAAUUAUUUCCCACAGACUCAUAUUUAUGCAAUGAAUCAUAAGCACAGGGGUUACUGCUUGAUUGUAAGUAACUUAUUGUUUGUGAGAAGCCAACCAAGACCAGGGACAGAAAAAGAUGCAGGUGAGUUAUAAUCAAACUAUGAGGGAAUUACAUUUUUUUUUAGAUUUAUUUAGUACAUAACUUUGUCCUUCUUUAGAACAAAAAUCAGAUUUCCACAAAACCUUUUGUACAUAACUUCUAUCAUAACUACUUUGGGCUCUUUUCCAAUUUUGCCAGUAAGUUUUACGAAUAAGCAGUUACUCACUAAAGUAGCUGCCACUAACAUUAACUAAUAGUGAUGGUUUCCACAGUAAAAAAUCUCACAAUGCAUGUGUACUACACAUCUUGUUUUUAAUCGAUGGUCUUCAAUCCCCCCGUUAGCUUAUAUUAAUGGUUAUAUAUAUAUAUAUAUAUACACAAGUCUAUAUAUAUGAGCACACUCCAUUAAAUUGGCAAAAUUGAUUAUUUAUUGAAGUAACUUUUCUUGAGUUUUUUUUCCCAGGGACUUUGUAGUCCAGAUAUCCAAGUACUUAGACAUGGGUCAUAGACAGCCCAUUUGGGGUUCUGGAAUGUAGAUCCCUUCAGAACUGAAAAGUGGUUUCUCCUGUUUGUCUAGAACAGUGUCCUUGUCAGGCCUUUUCUGCGUCAGAUACAUCAUUAAUUAAAGAAUAAUAUUUACCUCUGAAAUGGAAAAUAAUAUGUAUGGCUCAAAGCUCACAAACUUCCUUGCAGGCUAAAGGCAAAUUAAGUGGAAACACCUCCCAAAUACGUGAUAUUAUAACCAUAAAUGUAAAUAACCUGAGAUAUAGGUAGUGAUCGCAGACAGAAUCUGUAUGAAAAUGACGCGUUUCGUCCGUCAAAAAAAGGGACUUCCUCAGGGAUAGCCUGAUAUCCCUGAGGAAGUCCCUUUAUUUGACGGACGAAACGCGUUGGAUACUUCUGAACCUAUACAUGCUGCUAUUUGUUUUUAUAUCCUGUAUGUAAUUUUUAUAUUUAUUUUAUUUUAAUUUUAUUUCUAUUGUAUCCUACCUGCUCCAUUGGAUCUUCUAUUGGAUUUUUUCUAUAUCAGUCUUGGAGUUCCAUGUGAUUUGGAGAUAUGCCUGUCAUAUCUUUUCUCCUGUAAGUGUGACCGAUAAAUAUGAUUCUGUAAUAUAAUUACAUGCUUCACUAUAUUUGUUCUCUGUUCUUCUUCUAUAUAUCCCACGGAGGAGGUCUAUCUACUAAGAUUACUACCCUUUUGGAGGGUGAGAAGCCUGAAUUUAAAUUUUGUUUGUGAGUGCAUUCAUUUUUACUAAUAUACUCACUUUUUUAGUACUAUAUUACGCUAUGUUAGCUUUUUAAUUUUUCAUACAGAUUCUGUCUGCGAAUCACUACCUAUAUCUCAGGUUAUUUACAUUUAUGGUUAUAAUAUCACGUAUUUGGGAGGUGUUUCCACUUUGUUUUUUCUAUUAUAUGUAAUUUUAGGUGUUAGUGAGGUACACCUGGUAUCUCUCCCUUAUAUAUGAUUUCUAUAUCAUUAUAGUGUGUAUACUUUAUUGUUCUUGUUUGUAAAGGCAAAUUAAAUAGGAGAUUUUUUUAAGGUACACUCUAAACACCAAAGGUUUGAUAUCUUAAUGUAAUGAUUUUUGUGCAUAAAUCCUGUCUCUGCAGUACGACAAAUGUAAACAAGGCGACAAAUGUAAACAUGGCAAGAAAUGGCAAUGUUUACAUUUGUCAGUCAGGAUUACUCAAUCAAACAUCCACUAAAGCAGCCCCCAACAGUCUCACUUUUGGUGGGAAAGUAAAAAUUUUGGGUUCCUGUCCUGCUUUAGUUCCAUGGUGUCCUGUAUUUGGGAGCACCAGGGAACUAUCCCGGGGCAGCAAAGUGCAGGCGCAUCAUUAGAUGUGAUCGCGAUGUGCAGCAGGCAGCAGAAAAAUGCAGGGAGCGCUUUAGCAGCACUCCCUGCGUGAUUCCAAAGGCUGGGCAUUACCUAGCCAGCGUGUUAGUGAGGGGACCAGCCUGGAUUAUGGGCUUCGCUAGUGUCGCAGAUGGUGUCACUGGUUAUUCCCUCUCAUGGUCCUGCCCACCUACCCCUAUUCCCCCCCUGGAUAGUUUUGAGAUGUACUUCCUAGUAAAGACUUUCAAUAAACGAAAGUCAUGUUUUGCAUCACCAUGCACUUUGAAUGGUUGAUAGAAAGAAGCGCUGGAUUCAUUACUUGUGAUUGCUGUGCAUGCCCAGUAGGUUCCCAGUGCCCAAAAUGGGUCCAAAUGGAUGAUCUUAUAUGAGGAGGAGCAGCUGCCCUGUACUGGAUAAAAGGUUAUUGAAACCAUUUUUUUCAAAUUAAGUUUAGGUGGGCCCUGAAUCUAAAUUGGGAGUAGAACAUAAUAGUAUUAGGAAUACAUUUGUAUUCCUAACGCCAUAGUGUUUCUUUAAUAUAGGGCAAAAGGCACACCAUUUGAUAUGGGCCCACAUUAGUUUUCCAGCAGGUCUUUAAUUGUCAUUUCACCUAAAAUGGUAAGUUUGUGGAUUGACUGGAAAUGUAUAUUUUAAAUAUUAAUCCUGACUUCAGUAGCUCAACACAAGCAUCAGGCAGGUGGUCAGUGGGCUAAUGUAACAUACAUUUCCAAACUCACCUCGCAGUUAUUUCACCCUAGUGACCAUAUGGGUUCAGCUCUUGAAUUCUUAGGAUGAUGAUGGAGUCUUCCAUUUCUUCAGGAAUGAAGACAGAAAGGCACAGCCAUACCUGUCAUAAUCUAUCAUACAAAAACAUUUAGAAUAUAUAUAUAAAAUCUCUAUAUAUAAUAAUUGGUAUUUUCAUGGUAUCUUUUAGAGGACUUGAAGGGUGUGUUUACAUGGCUUGGAUUUGAAGUGGAGACUUUCAAAGAACAAACAGCAGAUGAUAUAUUGAAAUGCCUGGAGGAAUUCUCAAAGAAAGACCAUAGCGACAGAGAUUGUUUUACAUGUUGUAUCUUGACACAUGGAGAAUCUGGAACGGUAAUGGGAACAGACAAUGUAUCUGUACCCAUCAAUGAUGUUAUAGCCAGAUUCAUCCCAACCAAUUGCCCGACACUGGCUGGAAAACCUAAGCUUUUUUUUAUACAAGCAUGUCAAGGGAAACAACCACAGACUGCAUGUCCUAUCCAACCUGAUGCUGCUAUAUUGGUAAAGAAGAAGAAGUACGCUAUAAGCAUUCCAGCAGAUGCAGAUUUAUUAAUAGGCAUGUCAACAGUAGAUGGUCAUUUCUCCUACAGACAUGUGAAAGAAGGAACGUGGUACAUUCAAGCCCUUUGCGAGAACUUGGUAGAAAUGGUUCCAAGGUUAGUAGGUUUUUCUGAUCAAAAAAGUAAACUACAUUUGGCAUUUAUUACAUAGCAGCCAGUGCUUUUUGCUGCCAAACAAAAUGUGAAAAGAAAGUCUUAAAGCCAUUUAAGUAUAAAAAUUUAACUUUUGUCCUUUAGCUGACUGGCUGAGAGAAUAAUGCAUGGGGGGGAAAUGACAGCCUUUUUAAACAUGACAUGCAGUUUGAAGAAGUAUCAGUAGAUUUAUAGAAUAUGUAUAUAUACUUGCUCUAAUAAAUUGGAAAACGUUUUAAAUCUUUAUUGGUUCUUUAUAAAGAGUUUACUACUUACCUUACAAAAGCCAUUGUUGUUGGCCACACCAAAAGGGUUAUACUAAAAGGACACUAUAGGCAGUGGUCUGAGUGCAUAUUCCCAGGUCCCAUAACCCUGCAUAGGUAAUUAUUGCAGUUUUCAAUUUUUGUGGGUUAACACCACCUCUAGUGGCUGUCUACCAGACAGCCAUUAGAGGGUCUUCUGAGUCGUUAGGCGACUUUUUUCGCCUAACUGAUGCUGGACAUCCUCACGCUAUGCAUGAGGACAUCCAGCAUCAUCCAAAACCCCAUCUAAAAGCAUUAAUGCUAUCCUAUGGGGGAAGUACUAAUGUGAGUGCGGCCACCACCACACAUGCGCAUCGGGUCUCUUCGGCGGGCUUAUGUUGGUGGGGGAGGAGCAAAGACGGACUCUGGUAUGUCACUGAAGUGGUUUUAACCCCUUUUGCACCAGGGUCGGGGGCAGAAGGGGGGCAUUCACAGAGGGGGCACUAUAGGGAGCUAUAGUGCCAGUAAAACAACUCUGUUUUCCUGGCACUAUAGUUUCCCAUUAAUAUGGCCCAUUUUCAUGGCAAGGACCAUAAAGAAUAUCUUUACACCUGUCAGUGUGGAUUUGUCUCAUCAGAUACAGUUGCAAGAAAAAGUAUGUGAACCCUUUGGAAUGAUAUGGAUUUCUGCACAAAUUGGUCAUAAAAUGUGAUCUGAUCAUCAUCUAAGUCACAACAAUAGAGAAUCACAGUCUACUUAAACUAAUAACACACAAAGAAUGAAAUGUUGCCAUGUUUGUAUUGAACACACCAUGUAAACAUUCACAGUGCAGGUGGAAAAAGUAUGUGAACCCCUAGACUAAUGACAUCUCCAAGAGCUAAUUGGAGUGAGAUGUCAUCCAACUGGAGUCCAAUCAAUGAGAUGAGAUUGGAGGUGUUGGUUACAGCUGCCCUGCCCUAUAAAAAACACACACCAGUUCUGGGUUUGCUUUUCACAAGAAGCAUUGCCUGAUGUGAAUGAUGCCUCGCACAAAAGAGCUCUCAGAAGACCUACGAUUAAGAAUUGUUGACUUGCAUAAAGCUGGAAAGGGUAAUAAAGUAUCUCCAAAAGCCUUGCUGUUCAUCAGUCCAUGGUAAGACAAAUUGUCUAUAAAUGGAGAAAGUUCAGCAUUGCUGCUACUCUCCCUAGGAGUGGCCGUCCUGUAAAGAUGACUGCAAGAGCACAGCGCAGACUGCUCAAUGAGGUGAAGAAGAAUCCUAGAGUGUCAGCUAAAGACUUACAAAAGUCACUGGCAAAUGCUAACAUCCCUGUUAGCGAAUCUACAAUACGUAAAACACUAAACAAGAAUGGAUUUCAUGGGAGGAUACCACAGAGGAAGCCACUGCUGUCCAGACAAAACAUUGCUGCACGUUUACAGUUUGCACAAGAGCACCUGGAUGUUCCACAGCAGUACUGGCAAAAUAUUCUGUGGACAGAUGAAACCAAAGUUGAGUUGUUUGGAAGAAACACACAACACUAUGUGUGGCGAAAAAAAGGCACAGCACACCAACAUCAAAACCUCAUCCCAACUGUGAAGUAUGGUGGUGGGGGCAUCAUGGUUUGGGGCUGCUUUGCUGCAUCAGGGCCUGGACAGAUUACUAUCAUCGAAGGAAAAAUGAAUUGCCAAGUUUAUCAAGACAUUUUGCAGGAGAACUUAAGGCCAUCUGUCUACCAGCUGAAGCUCAACAGAAGAUGGGUGUUGCAACAGGACAAUGACCCAAAGCAUAGAAGUAAAUCAACAACAGAAUGGCUUAACCCCUUAAGGACACAUGACAUGUGUGACAUGUCAUGAUUCCCUUUUAUUCCAGAAGUUUGGUCUUUAAGGGGUUAAACAGAAGAAAAUACGCCUGCUGAAGUGGCCCAGUCAGAGUCCUGACCUCAACCCAAUUGAGAUGCUGUGGCAUGACCUCAAGAAAGCGAUUCACACCAGACAUAGAAGAAUAUUGCUGAACUGAAACAGUUCUGUAAAGAGGAAUGGUCAAGAAUUACUCCUGACCGUUGUGCACGUCUGAUCUGCAACUACAGGAAACGUUUGGUUGAAGUUAUUGCUGCCAAAGGAGGUUCAACCAGUUAUUAAAUCCAAAGGUUCACAUACUUUUUCCUCCUGCACUGUGAAUGUUUACAUAAUGUGUUCAAUAAAAACAUGGCAACAUUUCAUUCUUUGUGUGUUAUUAGUUUAAGCAGACUAAUUUGUGCAGAAAUCCAUAUCAUUCCAAAGGGUUCACAUACUUUUUCUUGCAACUGUAUGAAGUGUGGCAAUCUUGUAGCUUGUAUACAAUUAUUUUAACAAAGUUGAAAUUAGUAUUUAAGGAGCAUUCCUAGCAGCAUAACCACUAGUGCUCAGUGUUUAUUCAUAGGGUGGCAUUCAAUACCGCUCUAUGAAGAAAGCGAUUGGUGCAGCAUGAAGCUACCCAUGCGCACCAGAUCACUAUGACGCUUCUCUAAAAAGGGAGCGCGGCAUUCCGAGGAUCUCAGCGCUGGUAAGUAAGUAAGGUAAGUUUUAUCUAUAAUAAGGACUUGAAAAUAUUUUUUAUUAAGGGGGAGUUAAUAUAAUAGCAAGAAAGAAGUCAAGGGGACCUGUCUUUCUUGCUUUUAUAUGUUAACUAUAGUGCUCCUUUAGUUGCAGUAUGGAGGACACUCGCAGGAUUAAUCACUAAAGUGAAAAUUCAAUGCAAAAUUCUAAUUUAUGGUCACAGUAGCUGAACUGGAACAUUUAGUUAUGCUUUCAGUUCAGCUAGUCUGGCCUUAAAGUUCAAAUUGUCUUUAAAUUCUUACUUUAUCCAUAUUGUAUUGCUUUAAGAGAUGAAUACAUUUUAUAUAUUGAUUUUAUUGAAGAAUUGGACACUGUUAUAUUUUUCUGGAACUGACGUUAUUAGCUUUCUUUUACACUGUGAUGUUCUUGACAAUCCCAGAGAAUCCACCCUAGCAGUGAGCGUUUAUGUUGUUUCAUUGUUACCUUGCUCAGUGUAGUGCGAUUCUAGUUGUAGUGUUGAGAUAGAGGUGAGACCGCUGUAUUUGGAAAGUCAAUUUCUUUGUUUGCUGCUUACCUCUUUCCUUGGAGUCUGUUAGUUCCUCUAAGCAAAAAACUGUAAUGUAGGAAUGGUUCAUUGGCCAAGAGCAUCAGUUGAGCACUCUCAGCCAAUAAGCUUAGAGCUGCACUUCUUGGCUCAGGUUAAUGCUGAAGCUUCUGGGCUGCAGAGAAAGAGGUGACUGUAGACCGGCAGCCUCCAGGCAAGUAAUCAAGCCAUUUGCAGUUGGUUUGAAUACUUACACUGGGAGGGUACCAAGGCAUCCUGACACCAUAACCACUAUAGUGGGCUGUAAUAAAUAUGGUGCUUGGAAUAUUCAUGUAAAAAUUAUAUAUUAUUAAUUAUAUUGCUUCAGCAAAACUAUUUGUACAACUUAAAGGACCACUAUAGGCACCCAGACCACUUCAGCUUAAUGAAGUGGUCUGAGUGCCAGGUCCAACAAGGAUUAACCCUUUCUGCUGUAAACAUAGCAGUUUCAGAGAAACUGCUAUGUUUAGUUUAGGGUUAAUCCAGCCUCUAGUGGCUGUCUCAUUGAUUGAUUUUUCACAGUGAGAAGACGCCAGCGUCCAUAGGAAAGCAUUGAGAAUGCUUUCCUAUGGACUGGCUGAAUGCGCGCGCGGCCCCUUCCUCACUCUAGAGCCCGGUGGGAGGGGGACCCUGAGGGUGGGGGGGACACAACGACCCUAUAGAGCCAGGAAAACAAGUUUGUUUUCCUGGCACUAUAGUGGUCCUUUAAGUGCUCUUUAAAAUAUGAUUUGAUAUGCUCAUUACCAUUUAAGGCUAGAAUGGCAUUUUCUUCAUUUGUGCAGGUAAAUGUAACUGAUAUACGUGACAUCAUUUUAAACUGUGUAUCUGUUCUUUUACAGUGGUGAAGAUAUUUUAUCCAUUCUUACAAAAGUAAACAGAGAUGUCAGCAGGAAGGAAGGCCAAGCAGGAAGUCUUAAACAAAUGCCUCAGCCAGCAUACACUCUACUAAAGAAGCUUAUAUUCCCUGUGCCUUGUAGGCCUUAUAACAGUAUACAAGAUUGA